CUUCAUUUGCAUAUCUUAUAUUGCCUAAUGGAGAUCAUCAAAUUGGAGUAGAGGCCGGCCGAGGCAUCCUUCGAGGGUGAUUCUCCAGUGAUCCUCUCGGCAGAAACAGGUGUCAAGACUGGAGAUUCGGGGGGUUACCAUCCGAAAGGGAAGCAAAGCUGGAUUUCUGAGGGUCGGGAGUUUUUUGGAGGGUCUCUUUCCUCACCCCUUCCCUAACCCUCCCCCCCUUUCCCUCCCUUUUCUCUCUCUCCUUCCCCCUGGUUUAAAAUGGUGUCCAAAUUGAGCGCUCUGCAGCAAGAACUUCUCGAAGCGCUCCUCACCUCGGGGGUGACCAAAGAGGUCCUGAUCCAAGCUCUGGAGGAGCUGAUGCCCACCUCCGGCACCGCCAGCGGGAAUAGCAACACCGCCAGCAACGGCGCCUACGGGGUCAAACUGGAAAACUUGCAGCUCUCGCCCAGCAGCGGCGGAGGCGGCGGCGGCCCCGACGUGGACAGCAAGCCGGUUUUCCACACGCUGACCAACGGGCACGGCAAGGACAAGCUGUCCGGGGACGAAGGCUCCGACGACGGGGAUGACUUCGACACCCCGCAGAUCCUCCGCGAGCUGCAGGCGCUCAACACCGAGGAGGCGGCCGAGCAAAGGGCCGAAGUGGAGAGGAUGAUCAGGUAAAAAUUAGGCAGCGGGGACGGGCGGACGGACGGAUACCCGGGCUCCAGGCAAGCCGGGGGCGCAGCACCGCGCGCGGAGUGAAAGGGAGAGGAUGGAACGUUCCGAUGGAACGUCCAGAUCAAAAGGGGAGGGUGGAACGUUCGGAUAAACGGAACGUUCGGUCGGAGGGAGCGUUCGAAACCGGCGGGAGCCUUUGGAGCAAAAACUCUUUUUUAAAAAUAGCACGGAACGCUUAAAGAAAAAUGGGGGGUGGGGUCGUUUAAGAAGUUUCUAUUUAAACUCUCCAUCUUCGCCCCCACAGCGCAUCCCCAUUUAUUUCAUGUCUCCUAUUGAAACAUGGAUCGAUUGGGGAACCCAUCCACCUCAAAAUUUUGCCCAACCACGUUGUUGUGAUCCCCGUGGUCAGCAUGUAUAUGCUUCACCCGCGCGCAAUUUGAGAAGGCUUGUCUGGAUUCAGGACUGAGGCGUUCCCCUUAUUCGGCCACCCCCUUUUAAAUGCAUGAAAACUGAUUGCCAUGCUCCCUAAAACAUAAGCCGAAAAGCCUGCUUUCCUCGGACGCGGGCGGCUGGAUCUUGUGCGUGUUUUACCCGGGAGUUAGUCCACUGUCUUGAGUGGGGUCUUCCUUUCCUAGGGAGCCUGUUUUAGGGGUGCAAGUCCCAAGAGAAAUGAAAAACUCCCGCCUUCCCAGAACCCCCUCACGUGAAACCCUUCCCUCUCACGCCCAGCAAGCUAGUAAACAAAUUGUCACAGUAAGCGGGGUAUAUACUAUGGUUUUAUUAUUAUUAUUAUUUUACAGAAUUUGUAGAUUGCUCAAAAUCGUAAAUAAAAUAAAACCCCCUCUAAACCACUUACCAUGAUUCCACCCGCCAUUUCAACAGGUUAAGCGGGAGGAAAAGUAAUAUUUGGACUGGAUCUUUUUUAAAAUAGAAAAGCCGAAAUAUUAGCCGCGCUUAGGGGAGAGUAAGUCCCAUAGAAUGCAAGGAAAUGAGCGAAAUUCGCCUAGGAUUCCGCUGCAGGGUUUUUAAGACGCAAAAGAGCCCAGUCACUGCUCCGCUGCUACAGCUGUUCUUGUGGUUGUGAUUUUUGAAAUCGACUUACCUAGAAGUUGAGUUUCCAGCUGCCCUCUGCCCCUCCCCUCAGACGCUUCUUUGCCCAAGGUGAAGGCCAAAAGGGAAGAAGGACGAGACUUAAACCGCCUGAGGGAGGGAGGGGGAUAAUUUCAAGGGGGGGUGUACAGGGGGUGAAUAACGUGGGAAUUCUUCCUUUAUUUCACAUCUAAAUGGGCUUUUCUUCGUGUGAGCGUGCACCUGUGUGUACAUAAUUUGUAUAAUGCCGUAUACAUAGAGUAGAUAUCACAUCUGCAAGAUACGUAUGUAUUAUGUCGUGCCUUAAUUAGGCAUUGCACGCGUUCUAUGGAUGACGCACGUGUCAUUCAUGAAGGUCAAAAAUUUGGUGGAUUUUGGCAGUCUCAGGUGAAUUGCGGGACGGUCGGAAACUAGGCAGGUAACUCCUUGUGAUUCAGACACAAAUCGCUGGCGAUUAGCUUUGGUUAACCUCAGCGUAUUAUACCCGUGCAUAUAAUCGAGUUUUCAUUUACUGUAUUCCCAAAGACUGCCUGGAAUUGGCAACAUCGACGCAAUGUCGAGAAGUGACAAAGUUUUGUGGGAUUCGCAGACAUUCUCUAAUUUAUAUUGAUGAAUAUACAAUAUUUUCAUGAAACACACACACUGUGGGGAAUUUUCAGCACCUAUAUAUGUACAUGAAUAUCGACAAGCGGUCAACUUUUCCGACGUCGCUCUUAUACAACGUUGUCUGACCCAUAUUGUUGAAUAUAUAAUAUUUGUGUGUGUGUGUAGAUAUAUACUCCUCAGUUGCUUUUUCUAAAAAAGACAAAUCAUAAGCAUGAUAAUCCAUAAUAAAUAAUAAUAAUCUGCCAUCAUCUAGUCAAGAAGCCAUCCAUCAUAAUCAAUAAUAAUAGCGAUAUAAAGUCCAUAAAGAGACGUGGGAGUUUGUUGUUAAGGGGUAUAUAACGACGACAACAACAACAACAACAACUAGUAGUAGGAGGAGGAGGAGAAAUAUAUUUGUGGGUAGGCCCCAGAGAGAGAAGUGUGAGUUUGAUUAAAAGGGAAUCUAAUAAUAAUUAACUCCGAGUAAACCCUUCCACUUCCUAGUAAGAUUUCCCUCCCUCCUCUCUCUGCAAAAACUUUUCUUUUGUCAAAUAAGCACCUCGUUUGCUUCCAUCCCCUUCUCCGGUCCAAGUUCCUCUUCUCUUCCCUUCGAUUUGUUAGCUAAAGAUCUUAUAAAUAUGUGUGUAUCUCCCAACUGAAAGUCAGCUGAACGGCUUUGACAAGUUGGUUACUAAUUAUCCCGCGUAGUUUACGAUUUUUUUUUCCUUUAGCAAAAUAUCAACUAAAUAAACUCUGCUAUUUAUUAACCCCACGCCUCAAUUUAAAGAGAAGCUGGGGAUUUCUUCCCGGUUUAGCUCGACUCUCCUCAGCGGCCUAGAAGCCAACAGCUCAAAAAUGGCUUUCAGUCUAAAGGUAACUUUAAAAAAAUUAAAAUAAUACUUUUUUCUUGAUUUAUUCUGAUGGAAUGUAAUUGACUAGGGUUAGGUUAGGUUAAGAGAGCCAAGCAUAAAUAUAUUUCCUAUUAUUCCCAUCCUGCUUUUAAAAAAAAGCUAUUUAAUUGGAAAAAUAUGAGGUGUUUUGUUUUCUUUAAAGAAUCCAGGAAAUUCAGUAGUUUAUUGAACGAUUUGUUUCGUCUAAUUCAAUUUCGUUGAAGUGUGCUCAGUGGGAUAUGCUUAAUGUUUUGAGGAUCGCAGCCUGAAUUGUUAAGGUACUUUUUCGCACCCGAUCCAACGUAUAAUUUACUCGGAAGCAAGUUCCAGGGAGUUCAGUCGCGCUUACUCCAAUUUUAACUGGGCAGCAUAGGAUUUAGUGAACGGGACUUUUCCGAACAAAGGUGGUCAGGAACGGGGGCUGUGUGGGCUGCAAUCUACUAUUGCCCGUUUACUUUGGAAGCAACUCCCUACUCCCAUCCAAGAAAAACUGUGGCUUACUUCAGAGUAAACCUACCAGAACAAGGCCACACUUUUGGAUCCCAUGGGCUGGCUGGGGAAGUUCAUCCCGGAGACCACGUUUCUUCUUUUGUGACCGGAUCUUAACCAAGUUUCCUUCGUUUAUUUCCAAAGGCGCUUACUUCUGAGUAAGCGUUUUUUAACAGCCUAUAUAUAACAGGCAGAUCCUGCGCGCGCCUUUGCCCACAAGUCAACCCCAGUGAGUUCAAGGAGGCUUACUUUCCGGUAAAUACCCAACUGCUUGGUUUAAACUGGUAGGCAUAUCGCCCCAAAGAAACACUCCGGUCCCAUUUGGACGUAGCAAACUUCCCUUGAUUUUCAGUGGAAUUUACGUACGGGUAAUAAAUGUCACGAGGGGUGGGUUUGGGGAACGGACAACCUCCUCCCCCCCCCAAAAAAACUCCUAACCCCCUGAGAUUUUCAGGCCAGUAUGUCAAUCCAAUUGUCUUGGACAAACUGGAAUUAAAAAAAGGCUUGAAACCACUCUGCCUCAUUUUAACAGCUCCGAGAGAGCAGGGACCAGAAGCCCCUUCCCCACCGCCAGUCCGUUUACACGCCAUAUCAUAAAACCGGAGCAAUUGUAUACGUGCUGCCGGAGCAUUUGGAAAUGCGCAGUACGAUGCUCUUUCAACACGUCUGUCCUCAGAAAGAAGCCUCCCCAAUCUAGGAUUGCGGCCUAAACGUCGUAGAGGCUGCAAUCUUAUCCACGGCUCCUCGGUUAGAAAGGAAGAGGAAGCGAAGCCCGGUUUGAAUUCAGCGGGGCUGACUCACGAGUAAACACGCACAAGGUCAGGCCGCGCCCUUCUGGGAGAGAGAGACCCUUGGCACCUCUUGUAGGCUAAAGGGAUUUGGCAAGGCGUUUUGUGGAUCCUAAUCUGGUCAGUUUCCCAUUGAUCUGAAUGAUCUCCAUUCGCAAGAGGGCCAGGCCUCUCUCGAUCCACGCUCGGACCGGUUCGUAACUGAUCCAAUGAAUCCGUAUUUACUUAGAAGCGAAGCCCGUUGAGUUCAAUGAGUUGGGCUCCCAGGGAAGUGGGGGCAUAGGAUUCCCAGGGCGAAGUUACUCAGAAGUAAAUUCAGUGGGGAUUGCAGCCUAGGAGGAUUCCACGGGAAAGACCCCCAGCAGCAAGCAGAAUCAUUUAUUCAGAGAUUGCAUUUUAACUCUGUUCCACGAGGCAGGGACCAGUAUGGAGUGCCUUUGCACAGCAUAGAAAACAUGCAGAGAGGACCAAACCCAUUUUUAUCAAGGCCUUUCAUCCAAAUUCCCAAGUUUUCAUAUUAUUUUAUUUUGGCAGAUAUUGUUGCAAAUAUUCAGUCAACCAAAAUGAUGGUUUUGGUGUGUAUGGGUCUGUUUUGGUGUAUUAUCAGAUGUUAGGAUGUAUGGCAAAAUGGAACCUCCCAAGUCUGGAGCAGUCUACCUCUGGGUCACAGCUGCUUGGUACUGAUAGCAGGGGAAGUUCAUCUCUUGCCAAGGGUUCUGAAACUCAUGUCUUUCAAGCCCAGCUUGUCAGGAAACAAGAAUGAUGGACACUUUCCCCUGAUCCGUACAAUGAAGCAGUUCUUACGUUUAAAUAAAUCUGACCCAAAUCUGAUGGCGUGGAAGAUACUGGAGAACAUAAACUUCCAGCACGUGGGGACUGGCUGUUAUUAAUUUAUUUCUAUAAAUCAUCAACAGAAAGAUACACAAGAGCUUGCGAUUAAAAAGAGAGAGAGAGGGGGGAGGAGGGUUAUUCAUUGGCGAAGUUGUAAAUCAAAUCCUGGUUUUGUAUAUGUACCCACAUGUGUCUCUGUGUAGCGGUGGGGGAAGAUGUUGGUUGGUUAAGAAGUGAAGAGGGAAAGCCUACACAGAGAUUUCCCCCGCCGCGUCUUUCAAAGCACACUCUUAAAUAAAUAAGCAGAAGCAUGGUAGCUGUGCUCUUGCAGGAAGGUUCCUCAAAUAUUGCCUUGGCCUGGCCAGCUCUAGUCAAUUCGCUCCAAGGCAGGUCAUUCCAGUUGGCACCCAGUCUUACCUGGAACAGGGACGUGGGUGGCGCUGUGGGUUAAACCACAGAGCCUAGGACUUGCCGAUCAGAAGGUCGGCGGUUCGAAUCCCCGCAACGGGGUGAGCUCCUCUUGCUCGGUCCCAGCUCCUGCCAACCUAGCAGUUUGAAAGCACAAAGUGCAAGUAGAUAAAUAGGUACCGCUCCGGUGGGAAGGUAAACGGCGUUUCCGUGCGCUGCUCUGGUUCGCCAGAAGUGGCUUAGUCAUGUUGGCCACGUGACCCGGAAGCUGUACACCGGCUCCCUCGGCCAGUUAAGCGAGAUGAGCGCCGCAACCCCAGAGUCGGCCACGACUGGACCUAAUGGUCAAGGGUCUCUUUACCUUUACCUUACCUGGAACACAGCAAUCAGCCUUAUACUAAGUCAGACCAAUGGUUCCUCUAGACCAGUGUUGUCUACACUGACUGACAGCUGCUCUCCAUGGUUUCAGGCAGGGGUCUCUUCCAGCCCUACCUGGAGAUAUGCUGCAAAUUGAACGUGGGGAGUUCUGCAUGCAAGGCAGGUGCUGUACCCUUGAGCUAGGGCCUUUCCUUUCGUAUGGUGGUGCUGGAUCCACACUUGUGGCUGGUUGAAAGGGGCGCCCAAUCCUUAGAAUCAUAGAACGGUAGAGCUGGAAGGGACCAUGCGGGUCAUCUAGUCCAACCCUCUGCAAUGCAGGAAUCUUUUGAUCAUGACCCUGAGAUUAAUAGAGUCUCAUGCUUGGGCGGGGAGUGGAGGUGAAAAUGGAACUGUGAAAUCAAAGGACGCUAAUAGGGGAGCUGUUACAAAAAAACAAUUUCCUGUAAGCCUGCUAGAUGCCAUUGGACUUCAAAUCCCAUCAGCCCCAGACAGCAUAGCCAGUGGUCACGGAUGAUGGGAGCUGUGGUUCAGCAACAUCAGGCGGCUACAGGUUCCCCAUCUCUGCCCUUGGGACAUCUGGCUAGUUCCUGCUGCAAAGAAAGGCUGGACUAGAUUGUAUGGUCCAGCCAGACAGUCCUUAUAUUAUUAGAUUCAGGUAGGUAGCCGUGUUGGUCUGAUGCAGUCAAAAUAAAUAAUAAUUAAAAAAUUGUCCAGUAGCAUCUUGUUGUUGUUGUUUAGUCGUUUAGUCGUGUCCGACUCUUCGUGACCCCAUGGACCAGAGCAUGCCAGGCACUCCUGUCUUCCACUGCCUCCCGCAGUUUGGUCAGACUCAUGUUUGUAGCUUCGAGAACACUGUCCAACCAUCUCGUCCUCUGUCGUCCCCUUCUCCUUGUGCCCUCCAUCUUUCCCAGCAUCAGGCUUGACCCUGCUUAGCUUCCGAGAUAAGACGAGAUCAGGUGUGUUCAGGGUAGUAUGGCUGUAGACCACCUUAAUGGUGGUGUAAAAGAUGGUAUGUUUCCUGCACUAUUAAUACCGGUUUAGAAGAGGGAUUUCAGCAGCUAUAGCUUGUCAUGUGUCCCCUUGAAGGAGCAGCAGUCCCUUCAGUCCCCUUGAAGGAGCAGCAGUUUGGGGGUGCUCUGAGAUCCAGCUUUCACUGGAGGUGCAGCUGUCCUCGAUGGCUAGGGAGUUUUUGUUGGUGAGACGCUAUGGCCAUUCCUGGAUUGGGAUAUCUUGACCAGAGUUGUCUCUGCAUUGGUAACCUCGCGGUUGGAAUACUGCAAUGCACUCUACAUGGAGCUACCCUUGGGACUGAUCUGGAGGCUGCAGUUGGUGCAGAAUGCAGUGGCAAGGUUGCUUGUUGGAGGCAAGCUAUUGCCAGCAUAUAACAGCUUGCUUUCAGGAUUUGCAAGCUGGUUGCCGAUUUGCUAUCGAACCAAGUUAAGGAUGUCACUGUUAAGGCUGCUUGAGAGAUUGCCUUAUUUCUUAUAUACCUGGCAGAUCACUGCAAACUUCGGGGACAGUCUUUCAUGCAAGGUCCAAAAUUUACAGAAGUUCCCUCCAUAGUAAUGCAGAGCAGGAGGGCUUUUAGCGUGGCUUCCCCUGCCCUGUGGAAUAGCUUUUUCCUGUUGAGAUACAAAAGGCACUCACUAUCUGCACUUUCCAGAAAAAGCUGAAGACUUACUUAUUCCAGUGGGUAAAUGGACAAAUGGGUCUUUACCAUUAGUGUUCAUUUGUAACAGUUUUAUUCUUGUUUUAUAUGUAUUUGUUGUUGUUGGGUUUUAAAUGAUUUUAAAUUAUUUGUGUGUAAAUCACUUGGAGAUGGUGGUUUAGAAGGUGAUUAAUAAAUUAAUUGAAUAAUAAUAAUAAUGGUGAAUACCUAGCUCAUAGGGGACCAACCUCUGCUGGAUGACUUAAUUAACAUUGGCAGUUGCCUUAUAUUGAGUUAGAUCUUUGCACUGUCUAGCUCAGUACUGUCUACACUGACUGGCAGCAGCUGUCCUGGACAUCUGGCAGGAAAGCUCUCCCAACCCCUUCUGAAGAUGUUAAAGGUAAAGGGAGCCCUGACCAUUAGGUCCAGUCGUGGCCGACUUUGGGGUUGCGACACUCAUCUCACUUUACUGGCCGAGGGAGCCGGCAUACAGCUUCCGGGUCAUGUGGCCAGCAUGACUAAGCCGCUUCUGGUAAACCAGAGCAGCGCAUGGAAACGCCAUUUACCUUCCCGCCGGAGCGGUACCUAUUUAUCUAUUUGCACUUUGAUGUGCUUUCGAACUGCUAGGUUGGCAGGAGCAGGGAUCGAGCAACGGGAGCUCACCCCGUCACGGGGAUUCGAACCGCCGACCUUCUGAUCGGCAAGUCCUAGGCUCUGUGGUUUAACCCACAGCGCCACCCACGUCCCUCUGAAGAUGUUAGGGAUCAUCUAACUUUCUGCCUGCAAAGCAGAUGCUCUUACCACUGAGAUGCAGCCUUCUCCAGCAAGGCAGAGCCUGCUCACCCCUCUAGGCAAUUGGAUCCAUCCCUGAACAGUUCCUAGCAUAUGUAAGUUAAUUCUAAUUUGAAGUUGUGGAUUUUAUUCCCUUGAAAAGCAUUGCAUUAGAAAGGGGGGGGUAUGGUGUGUGUUAGCAAAAUCCCUUCUGUGAGGUUACCACUGGCACUGUCUAUUUGCACUUGCAAUGUUGCAGAUGUCACACAAGGAGCACAGGUGUGCAAUAAAAGUGUAACGCCUGACCUGUGCUGAACACAUUGCUUGAAGAACUAGUCCCAGCAGUUUGUCAAAACCUUUUAAAGUUAAAUUUUGUGCUAAUUGCUGUCAGAUUUAUUUUAAUGCUGUUACUGUAUUUUUAAUGAACGUUGUUGCAAAUCGCCUUGCGAUCUUUUCAUAUUAAGCAGUACUGUUUGUAAUGCAUAUUCAUAUUUCUAAGAGAGAGAAGAAAUGGAAAAUAUCUGAUUUGGCCUCAGCUGAGAGUUAAAGGGAGUUGGAUAAUGGAUAACCAAAGACAGUACCCAAAACACUCAAUCAAAGCUACACUAAACUUUCCCUUAAAAACCUCUAAGGAAGGAGAUUCCCUAAUUUUCCUCAGCUGGCUGUUAAUUGCCAAACUGCUCAUCUAAAUCCAUGGUUUUCCUUAAUAUUUAACACCAGCCUUUCCUUGUACGCUUGGGCGUAUCUUCAUUCCCUGCUAGGGAGGUCUGAAAAUACUAAACAUACAUUGUAAACAACUUGACUCACCCACAGCCAAACAGGGGUUAUCUUCAAUCUGUGACACAGAGGUAAAAACACUCAGGUUUAUAAUAACCCAUAAUCCAGGAUGCCCCUCAUUUGAACUCCACUGAACAAGGUAUGGAGCUCAUGGCUGAUGAGAAGAAAAAUAUGAAAACAGGUGUUCUGUUUUGUUUUACAAUUCCCAUUCCAGGAUAAUGGGGGUUCUGUUGCUACCAUUGUUAUUUGCGGCACCUGUGUGUGUAGAAACGAAUCUCCUAGCACAAAGGUAAAAUGUACAUUUGUUGUUCUGUGCGCUUUUGCCAUGCCCAUCACAUGCAUAUGGCCCCCGGGAAGUUGCUCAGUAGGGAAUGUGGCCCUCAGGCUAAAAAAAGAUUCUGCCGCCCUGCUAUACACGCCAGUGUGGUGUAGUGGGUAAGAGCGGUGGACUCGUAAUCUGGUGAACCGGGUUCAUUCCCCACUCCUCCAGAUGCAGCUGCCGGGUGACCUUGGGCUAGUCACACUUCUCUGAAGUCUCUCAGCCCCACUCACCUCACAGAGUGUUUGUUGUGGGGGAGGAAGGGAAAGGAGAAUGUUAGCCGCUUUGAGACUCCUUCGGGUAGUGAUUAAGCGGGAUAUCAAAUCCAAACUCUUCUUCUUCUUCUUCUUCUUCUUCUUCUUCUUCUUCUUCUUCUUCUUCCCUGGGACUGAGUCCCACUGAACUAAAUGGGACUUACUUUUGAGGAGACGUGCAUAGGAUUGUGCGCUGCACGGCUACAAACCUUUGCAUGCGUUUAACCUGCGAGUAAGUUCCAUUCAGUUUCAUGGCAUUUUCCUUCUGAUUUUGACAUCUGUACUGUAAUCGGUCUUUGCUUUACGAAAACUAGAGCAGCUGUCUCUGUCCUUAUCUGAGUUGCUAUAUCUUGUAUUUUCCUUAGCCAUUUAGAAUUUGCUUGUCCUAAAUGCAUUCUAAUUCCCCAACGUCACCCAUUAUUUUUAGUGAUCUUGGUCUGCUGAAGACCAGAGAGUAGUUUGUAGAAAAGAAGGGAAAGAACAGAAUAUAUUGUUGUGAUGAUAUUUUCUAAAUUGCUUUGGGAAGUAGUAGAUUAGUGGCAUUUUGGAGCUGCUUUUCCUUUCCAAAAUAGUAUUCCAAUCCUUUCUUCCUUCUUGAGUAAAUUAUAUAUUGAGAAUCAGGAUGAAAGGAGUAAGAAAGCACAUGUGCUGUUGUUUGUGUUUACAGUUUUAUAAUACAAAUGGUAUUUAGUUCAUCUCCGAAUGACAGCUCCAUUUCCCUGUACAGCAGAGCUUUCCAAACUGUGUGUUGCGACACUUUAGUGUGUCGGUGUGUUGUGCCAUAUGUGUCCGUAUCUCUUAUAAGGGGUUAGUUGAACCUCCAGUUUGCUAGUAAAACUGAAUUACUGUGUCGUGAAAUUAUGCAUGUCACCAAUAUGAAAAGUUUGGAAAGCUCUCCUGUACAGGCUUCCAUAGGCUUGCAUUGUAGCAUGUGGUACAGGGAUUAUUAUUUAAUAAUAAUAAUAAUAAUAAUAAUAAUAAAUUUUAUUAUUUAUACCCCGCCCAUCUGGCUGGGUUUCCCCAGCCACUCUGGGUGGCUUCCAACAAAACACUAAAAUACAAUAACCUAUUAAACAUUAAAAGCUUCCCUAAACAGGGCUGCCUUCAGAUGUCUUCUAAAAGUUUGGUAGUUAUUUUUCUCUUUGACAUCUGGUGGGAGGGAGUUCCACAGGGCAGGUAGAUAAAUUUAUCUAUUUAGUGCAUUUGUACCCCACUCUUCAGCCAAGAAGGCGCCCAGGGCAGCUUAAAAAAGUAAAAGUAAAGGGACCCCUGACCAUUAGGUCCAGUCAUGGCCGGCUCUGGGGUUGUGGCACUCAUCUCGCUUUACUGGCCGAGGGAGCCAGCAUACAGCUUCCGGGUCAUGUGGCCAGCAUGACUCUGGCAAACCAGAGCAGCACACGGAAACACCGUUUACCUUCCUGCCGGAGCGGUACCUAUUUAUCUACUUGCACUUUGACGUGCUUUCGAACUGCUAGGUUGGCAGGAGCAGGGACCGAGCAACGGGAGCUCACCCCGUCGCGGGGAUUCGAACCAAGUGCUAGGCUCUGUGGUUUAAUCAAUUCAUAGAAUCAUAAAAUUAUAGAGUUAGAAGGGACCUCAUGGGUCAUCUAGUUCAAUGCAGGAAUUAAAUCAAGACAGUCGCUGCCUACAGGCUGCUGCUGCUGCUGAUACACACAAGGGGAGAAGGACAGGAAGGGAAGGGAAUGGAAAUCCAACUCAACCUCUAUACACAUUGUUGUCUUUAUUCCCCCUCCCCUUUUGAAACAUGUAACAACCAAAGAUAGACACUGUUGAGGAAUUAUCAUGCACCUGGGACAUAAUUUUGGGUAGUUUGGUAGGGGAGUACCUGUGUUUUGGAAGAGAUCCUUUCCCACCCAUCCCAGUAAUUCAGGACUGGGGUAAUUUUUUCACUCUUAGGCCUUCAUUCCCUACUGAUCAACCCUGCAGGGGCCAGUGGUGGGUGGGGCCAGAGGUAAAAGUGGUCUAAGCAGCAAAUGUAAAUAUUACCUUUGUAUAGUACUCGGCUGUUUCCUACACACACUCCCACCCCUCUCUCUAUCUUUCAUUCAGGCAAGUGAGAGGCGUUAUCACAGUCCAAGGACUCAUUCCAGACAGGCAAAAAAGAUUUUGGGUGCAAUACUGUGCUAGUGGGGGGUGAGGUGUGGGGAGAGACUUCUUGAGGGCCAGACAGAGAGGUCCAGAGGCCACAUUUGACUUCUGGGCCUGAGAUUCCCCACCUUACUUGAUCACCUGUUUCUUUUGUCUUUUUGCCUUCUAUGUUGGGGUAGGAGGUGAUUUUCCACAUCUGAUUAUGAGUGCAGACUGGUUAUGAACUGGAUUGAGUCAGAGAUGUCACAGUAUAGCUUACCUGGUGCUGUUCAGCCUAAAAGCUGUUUCUUUCUUUCUUCCUCCCCCCCCCCCAGGUCAUGGGGUGGAGGGGUGGGGGUGGUGGACUGUAAUGACAGUUCUUGUGACUUGACUAAAUUGUGUGUUCUCAUGGCUCAUAAAGCAGACGACCAAAAGAGACCAGUCUUCAGUGCAUAAUUAAAAAGCAAACAGGAGUUUGCUGUUUGAAGGCCACCCAGAGUUGCAACUUCCUGGUCCAUGGGGGACCUAUAACCUAUAUUAAUAUUAGAGCAGUGGUUCCUUCCUCUUUUUUUACCCGCACAGACCAUUUGAAAAUUGCUUAGGGUCUCUUGGUGGGUUUUUCUGUGUUUUCUGUUGAUUGCCGUUCACUGUGUUUGAUGUUGAAUGGUUUUCAAUUGUAUGCUUAUUGCUUCUUUUAUUGCAAAAUACAAUAGAAGACAUAAAAGAAGCAAUAAAAAUGCCAUUAAAAAUCAGUAUAAAUAUUCAAUGCCAUGUCUUCCAUCUUCCAACACCACUACCCCGGCUUUAAAAUAUUCUGUACAUUGCUUUUGUGCUGAUUGCUAUUUUUUUAAAAAAAUCAGCUGACUGCUUUUAAUAUUCUCAAUUUAAUGUUUUUCUUUGAAUCUGUUUAACUGUGAUUGCUUAACUUUUUUGCUAGCUGACCUGGGAGGGGCGCAAGGGCCGCUUUCUCUCGUGAGCAGCUUUCCAGGGACCACAUGCCCAUAGUGGAGAGAGGCCAGAGAAAAAGUUGAUGGGCAGAGCAAGUGGGCAGAGCAAGAGAGAUGUGGCUUUUACCUUUGUGGAAUAGCCAACAUUCCAACUAUGAAUAAACCAGGUGUUCCUGCCCCUGCACAACCACUCACUUCUCUCAUCCGGGCAAGGAGGAGAUAUUAUCAAGAACAGAUUCCAGCUAAACAAAACACCCAAGGUGGACCAGUGGCUGGCAUGGGCUGCGGAGACUCCUACGUGCCCGAUAAAGAGAAUUGGAAGCCCAUUUCCAGCCUCUGAGCCAGAGGCUCCCCUCCCCUGGAUCAAAUGAAUAUCCAAGAGCGGUGAAGAGGUAGACCUCAGCUGAGGAAACACAACCUGAAUCAUGAUGCCACUGCAGGUUCAGUCCUCUCCCCAGUGCAGUUUGGGAUGGAGAAGACCCACAGAGUCCCUGCCCUUAGUGCUCCAGGGUUUCCAGUGUCAGGGCAAAGUUUCCCUCCUGUGCAAACAAAAGAUCAAUCCCAUGGCCCCAAAGAGGCUUUUGCAACCAGGUCCCUGUUUGCUUUAAAGGGAGCCUUUGUACCUGGAGAAGAGGCUGGCGGUAGGGAGCCUAGUUCAGGCCCGCCCACAGGCCCUCUGUGUACCGGGUGAUAAGCACAAAAUAAUAAGCACACAUCCAUCCCAUGAGAACUUAUUUUGCCACCUAGGGUAGGGGCGGUGGCCCCGUGUCUCUACAGAUGCUGCUGGACUAUGGCUGUCAUAAUCACUGGUCCUGCUGGCUAGGGUUGAAGGUAGCCCAACACCUGGAAGACCCAUCUUUGAUUUAGGGAGUAUGGACACACGUUUCAUGACACAUACAAUUAUUCUUUAAGGGCAUCUAGGACAUUGUACCUACCAUACAUUUAAAGCACACACGCUGAAAAGAAUCCUGGGAACAGUAGUUUACACCCAGAGCUACAAUUCCCAGCACUCUUAACUACAUUUCCCAGUAUUGGGGGAGGGGAGAAAUAUGCUAUAAAUGUGCUUUCAAUGUGUACGCUUCUGCUUCUUCUUCUUCUUCUUCUUCUUCUUCUUCUUCUUCUUCUUCUUCUUCUUCUUCGAUCACUUGUAGCUGAGUAAGAUUGUCUUCCAUAAACACGGUUUUAACAAUGAGUCCGUAAGUGACUGUGGAGGCCAAUUCUGGAUCCACAUGUCCUUCCACAGUGGGGACAGUGGUCUGAUCACGUCACUGUUUUAUGCAACAAGUUGUUAUUGCUAUUAAGCUUUCAGGUACCUUGUUAGGUAAAGGUAAAGGGACCCCUGACCAUUAGAUCCAGUCGUGGCCGACUCUGGGGUUGCGGCGCUCAUCUCGCUUUACUGGCCAAGGGAGCCGGCAUACAGCUUCUGGGUCAUGUGGCCAGCAUGACUAAGCCGCUUCUCGUGAACCAGAGCAGCGCAUGGAAACGCCGUUUACCUUCCCGCCGGAGCAGUACCUAUUUAUCUACUUGCACUUUGACGUGCUUUCAAACUGCUAGGUUGGCAGGAGCUGGGACCGAACAACGGGAGCUCACCCUGUCAUGGGGAUUCAAACCGCUGACCUUCUGAUCGGCAAGUCCUAGGCUCUGUGGUUUAACCCACAGCGCCACCUGAGUCCCUUAGAAAGUAUCGUAGUCGUCAGGAUAACCUUGUUAGAUCAUAAAAAAAACAACAACCGGAAGUAAUAACAGCAUGAUAAUAAUGCCUUUCAUAGGAACUCAAGAAAGCUUGCUCACUAUGUUAGGAACACAGGUAGCUGAGUCAGACCAUUAAUAUGUCCCGCUCAGUAUUGCCCACACUGAUUGGCAGCAUCUCUCCAGGGUUUCUGACUCCGGUUCCUCCAGCCCUAGUGGUUGGCUGGCACCCUCCGUGGAUUCAGUAGCUGGCUCAUGUCCCCAUGAGGGAAGAGGGUAGAUGGGAGUCCUGGUUCCUUAGCAAGGACAAGCUUAAUCCUGGAAAGGGAGAAGUACCGGUACAUGUCUCCUCCAGUCUCUUUCCUGGGACUCAGCUAUACAGCUGAAAAUACGACGUUUGGAGUAUGUUUUACAUGCAAUAUACAAUGUGACACUAGAUGGCGAUGGUGAGCCUUAUGGAAAAUUAAAUGUAUUUUUAAAAACGCUUUAAAAAAAUAAUUUUCAGAACGUUUUUUAGAUUCCACCCUGGUCUCAUCCUCCUGUUCCCCAGCCUCCGUCAUCUGUCUUAAGGUCUGCCACUGCACUCCUGAGCCUUGCAGCACUUUGGGACUCAUGGCAAUGUGGAUGGGGAGGGAAAUGAAGAACUGGAGGUGGAGGGGAACAGAUUGGAGUACCGUGGAGGAAGGCAUGGCUGGCACAGGCUCCAUAAACACCAUACAAUUAAAAGCACAUUUAGAUCACAUUCCCUCACCCUGCAAAGAAUAUUGGGAAUUGUAGCUGUGAGGGGUAAAGAACAGUUCUUGGGUGUGGGAGAAACACUUCAUACAACGGCGUUUUGUUACUGGUUAGUUACAAAAAAGUAACAGAGAGUCUAGAGGCACUUUGUAACUUGGGAUAUCUCCAGACACCCUUUUUAUUGUGUGUUCAUGAUUAUUUUUUAUCGUUUUAGUAUUAGGGUCAGUCCCACACGGUCCUGCUUUUCAACGCUGUUUGUGCCUGCUGCUUCGUUGCCAAACAACACAUAUCCUGCAACUGCCUGCUGAAAUCCCAUUGCUUUCUGAUACCGCCAAUAUUCUGGUUAACUUUUGCUCUGCUUUUGUUGCGCUGUACCCCUUCCAGACAGGGACGCGGGUGGUGCUGUGGGUUAAACCACAGAGCCUAGGGCUUGCUGGUCCGAAGGUCGGCAGUUCAAAUCCCCGCGACGGGAUGAGCUCCCGUUGCUCAGUCCCUGCUCCUGCCAACCUAGCAGUUCGAAAGCACGUCAAAGUGCAAGUAGAUAAAUAGGUACCACUCUGGCGGGAAGGUAAAUGGUGUUUCCGUAAACUGCUCUGGUUCGCCAGAAGCAGCUUAGUCAUGCUGGCCACAUGACCCAGAAGCUGUACGCCGGCUCCCUUGGCCCAUAAAGUGAGAUGAGCACUGCAACCCCAGAGUCGGUCACGACUGGACCUAAUGGUCAGGGGUCCCUUUACCUUACCUCUUCCAGACAGCAAUAAUGGGAUGUACCAGUAGGGAAGCCCCACGGCACCAACGAAAACAGGAUAAAUCCACCACAAAUGUUCAAUUAUUGGGUCGAAAACAUAUUGUAGAAUGUACCCACAAAACCCCCCACCAAUUUCAAGGAACCCUUAACAGAUAUGAGACAGGUGGUGGCUGGCACUGAGGGAAAGGGCAGAUUUUGGAGGAAGAAGUUUGUGUCUCUGCUAUGCCUGACUCGGCAGAAUCCCCUUUGUAUGUCAGUGCAGAUAUAGUUAAGAUAGGUUUUCUUAAUCCAGAGAGCCAGGGUGUGUGUUUUUUUAUAAUCCAGGAGAAUAAAUUCUUGGCAUAUUUCUUGGGAGGAUGUUGUGGGGUUUUAUUUGCCUACCCUUGUUGUGAAGAUGCCUGAGACUCUGAGGGAGGGAGAGCAGGGCAGGUAAACUCAGUGACAAAACUUAUCCGAAACCACAAACCCGCAAGCCGCCUGUGAUUGGGCAACUUCCAAUGUUUGUCGGAGGAUUGGUGUGUUUUCCUGACCUCGUGCAUGUAGCUAUCGUACAUUUCUGUGACUCAGCAAAGGGCCUGACUUCCAUCCAAUAACUCUGGGUACACAAGGCAAGAAAAGAGAUCGCAAAGUGGUGUGGUUUUGUAAGAAAAGUUGCCACUGUCAACUGUGCACUCCCUGGUAGAGUGAGAAAAUGUUCAGAGGCAACAUUUUCAGUUGGUUAGUGACAAACUCCAGAUGUAUAGCCAUAUUGGUCUGUUGCAAUAAAAAGACAUUUUAAAAGAAUAAUGUGGCAGGAUAAUUUUUUUGGUGUGGGGUACUUGUGAGGGGACUGAAGGCCAGAGGAGUUUACAUUUAAUUUCCACACUGAGUGCAGACGGUGGAUACUCUUAUUUACGCCCCCCUUCCCACAUUGAAGCGCUUUGUCCACCUGUUGAAGCUUCAAUGUCCUGCUCAGAUGUGGAUUAAUCACAAAGAUGAAUCUGGCCACCCUCAGGCAGCUACUGCCCCCUGUUCUGGACUUCAUAUUGGUAAUAGUGGUGAGUGGCCAUUUUGCAAUGCCCAGUGUGAGAUAAUGUGUGAAAUUUAAAUGCCACUCUCUUAUGGGAUGCCAACAUUAUUAGACUACGUACUUUCACAUGUCCGAGAGACCUGUAAUUUGGUCCAUGAGUAACUCAACACGCUCUGGUGAUUUUUUAAAAAAUCAGGAAGGUAGAGGCAAUUUCUAUAUUUCUCCCUCAAAAUGAGGGCAUGAAGUUUUACCUCACAACGGAGGUCAGCCCUUGAGAGCAGAGCAAACGGGAGGCCAUCACAUCUGAGGUGAAAUUUCAGGCUGUGAGUGUUAUGCGUCUUCUUCACACACUUGAGUCAGCCUUGGAGUGAUUUCCAGUUAGAACCAGUAAUGUGUAUCUAGAAUUUCCCAGAGUGGCUCUAUGAUUCAUUUUAUAAAAGUCAAAACACAAAUAACUUCGUGUAUGUGUUUGUGUACGUACAAGUGGGUUUCUUGGCUUAUUUAAAGACCUGAAUCUAUGAAUGGCUAAUUCUGUCCUGCAUCAUUGCGUCAUGGCUUCUAGUCAGCUUCUGACCGGCCCUGCCAUUAGGCAUUGUGAAGUGGCUUGCCUAGGCAGAUGCUUUGGGUGACAUGAAAGGGCAGCAAAUAGUUAUUUAAUUAUUUGUUGUUGUUGCAUUUUUACUGAGAGGAAUGGGGAACUCUCUGCAAUGCAGGAAUCUCAACUAAAGCAUCCAUGACAGAUGGCCAUCCAAUCCCUACUUAAAAACCUCCAAGGAAGGAGAGUCCACAACAUCCUGAGGGAGUCCGUUCCACUGUCAAACAGCUCUUUGGCCUGGGUGCCUUUGUUGGGGGCGGGGGAAAGGAUGCUGUUUUGCUAUUCAGCCUCAGGCGGCAAAUAUUUUAGAACCACCCUGGGUUGAGUCAUCAGGUAAAUUUUAAACAAAUUUCUCUCCAAAUGUGCUUUUCCCCUCAAGGGAAAAAGCAUAACUCCCCACCCUACUUUUUGAUCCUCAACACUCCAAACAUUUUACAUGCCUAAAACUAUUUCUUCUAGUGCCUUCUACAGAGCGGUGGUUAACUGUCAUUUCCCCCCUUUCCUAGCGAGGACCCUUGGCGAGCGGCGAAGAUGAUCAAGGGUUACAUGCAGCAACACAACAUCCCCCAGAGGGAGGUGGUGGAUGUCACUGGGCUGAAUCAGUCCCAUCUCUCGCAACAUCUCAACAAGGGGACGCCCAUGAAAACGCAGAAGCGGGCGGCUCUCUAUACGUGGUACGUCCGGAAGCAGAGGGAGAUUCUCCGGCGUAAGUACAUAUUUUCUUUUUGCAGUUGUUGCGUGUGUUUGUGUGCAUGCAUCCACAUUGUGUAACUUGACAAGAGACUGGGUUCCAGCUGGUGACCUGUUGACAUGCACUUGCCAUGCGGUUGAGAUGCUGCAGUUCCACCACCACAGAAGGAUGUUCUACGUUGGCUGCGCUCUACCUCCACUGCCUGAGGCAAUGUGCCUUUGAAUGCCAAUUGCUGGGAACCCCAAGUGAGGAGAAUAGUGUUGUUGCACUCAGGUCCUGCUUGUGGGCUUCCCAUUGGGGCAUCUAGUUGGCCACUGUGAGAACAGGAUGCUGGACUAGAUGGGCCUGAUCCAGCAGGGCUCUUCUUCUGUUAACCCCAGCCAAUGUAGCCAGUAACCAGAGAUCAUGUGGUUUUUAUUCCAGCCAUUAUAGGGACACGGGUGGUGCUGUGGAUUAAACCACAGAGCCUAGGAGUUGCUGAUCAGAAGGUUGGCGGUUCGAAUCCCCGCGACGGGGUGAGCUCCCAUUGCUCAGUCCCUGCUCCUGCCAACCUAGCAGUUCAAAAGCACAUCAAAGCGCAAGUAGACAAAUAGGUACCGCUCCGGCGGGAAGGUAAACGGCGUUUCCGUGCGCUGCUCUGCUUCGCCAGAAGCGGCUUACUCAUGCUGGCCACAUGACCCAGAAGCUGUAUGCCGGCUCCCUCGGCCAAUAAAGCCAGAUGAGCGCCGCAACCCCAGAGUCGGUCAUGACUGGACCUAAUGGUCAGGGGUCCCUUUACCUUUACCUUAUUCCAGUCAUAGGGUCCCAAUCUGCAGCAUCUCCAGGCAAGAUUAGAAAAUGUUCUAGCACAUUUGCAAAGCUAAGCAAGGUUUGGUAUGGUUUCCAAUGGGAGGACCAUGUGUUUGAGAUUCCCACAUUGCAGGGGUUUGGAUUAAGACGGCCCUCUGUCUCCUUUCCAACUCUACAAUCCUAUGAUUCCAAGUAGACCAGGGGCAGCCAAUAUUGAUUAUGGCUUCCAUCAUCCCUGAGCAUUGGCUAUGGUGGCUCGUGCCGAUGAGAGUUGUAGUUAGUCCAAAAUAUCUGGGCUAUACCAUGAUGGCUACCCUUAGCAUGGAUGAUAGUGAACUAGGCAGGGUAGGCAAACUAAGGCCCAGGGGCCAGAUCUGGCCCAAUGGCCUUCUAAAUCCGGCCCACGGAUGGUCCGGGAAUCAGCGUGUUUUUACAUGAGUAGAAUGUGUCCUUUAUUUAAAAUGCAUCUCUGGGUAAUUUGUGGGGCAUAGGAAUUUGUUUAACCCCCCCCCCAAUAUAGUCCAGCCCCCCACAAGGUCUGAGGAACAGUGGACCCACCCCUUGCUGAAAACGUUUGCUGAUCUCUGAGCUAGACAGACCACUGGUCUUACUCAGUAUUAAGGCAGCUUCCUGGGCUACCCUUCUAUUUCAGGGGAUGGGGGACCUGUGCCACUCUUCACAUGUUAUUAGACUACAACUCCCAUCAUCCCCCAGCUAGCAUGGCCAAUGUGAAGGGAGUGUUAGUCCAACAGUAUUUGGAGAACUGCACUUCAUCCUGCUCCACCGUGAUCUGCAGACAAAGGACAAAAGCUUCUGAGUGCUCUAUCACUGAGCCUCACCUACCCUAUUGAUCAGGGAGCUGAGGCUAAGAUAAUCUUGUUAUCACUUAUCUGGGCAUUAGCCCCGUUGAGCUCAGUGGGCCUUAGUUUUGAGUAGCUGUUUAUAGGAUUGUGCCACAUAUUCUGUCACCUCCCAUCUGGAAAGUUGGGUUUCUGUCAUCUCUGCUCUCCUCCCCCCCUCCGCCCGGCCAAUCCCGUACACAAACGUUUCAUUUUGUUUUUGUUGUUUGGCAUUGUGGCACCGGAAGAGCGACCCGGGCUUUCUUCUCUGGUAGAAUUACCUUCCAGGCUUGUCUACAGAGAUCUGAGUAAAUUUAAAUAGGCUAUUGUGUCAAAAUGCAGCAAGAUUGCCUUGGGGAGGACAAUGUCAUGCGGACAGAGUGAUCCAAUUAGCUGGUUGCGUUCUGACACAUCCAAAGAUAAACUGGUUGACUUUUGUUUUGCUUUCUUUUGUUUUAUGGCACCAGGUUUAAGCAGGGCACGAGAUACCAAGGAGGCAUUGCAAAGUAUAAUUAUCACUGUUUUUGAUGAAUAGAUCUGAGGUAGAUCAGAGCUUCUCAAUUAGCCAACACGUAUAAGAUUCUUGCCCCACCUUAAAAAAUCCCCACCUCUUUUCUUUUUAUCUUGGCAAAAUUUCUGAGAAUUUAAACAGCCACACAAAAGGCAGAAAUAUAGCAGCUCAGGUUUUCAACAUGCAGGAAAAGCUUAACCUUCUGAAUUUCUCGGGUGCUAGGAAGAGAAAGAGAGUUUGUCCACACAAGACCAAAAUGUGAACAUCAUUCCAGAGUUUUCCUGGACCCACCUCCGUUUUAAAUGCAAGAUUUUUGAUACCUGGCUGUUUCAAAAUUUCCAAAGAUCAAAAAGGCCCACAUUUAAAGCAGGGAGAGAUCUGGGAUGGGGAAGACAUCAUAUUGAUGUCCCUAAAUUAAUGGGGAAACAGACUGGUGCAAAUCCACAUUUUUCUCUGGUGUAUGCAAGCCCAGAGAGAGAAAAUGUCAACCUUACAGGCAGUUCAAACUCACGACUUGAUUAGGGUCUUGGUGGGCCAAGGGGCUAAGACCAACCUCUCUAGAGACACAGAACCAUACAGAGUUGGACAGGACCUUGGAAGUCAUUCAAGUGAAACUCCCUGAUUCAUACGAUCUUCAGUGUAGGAUCCUGUGGUGGCCUUUACUGGUGGCCCAUUUAGCCUCUGCUCAAACACCAUGGCUUGCUGAUGGCUUAUAACCAUGGUUUGUUACACCUCUGAGCCCAAGCCUUGAAUAAACAUGUCUUGUUGGGGCAGUCACCUCAAAUGCUUGUCAAGAGCAGCUGGAAAACAAAAAGCUCUGGCGAAACAUACCUUGGUUUGUUUGCUCAUCUGUGAGACAACUCACAGUUUGCUUGAACCAACUGGUAAAACAAAACCCAUGACUUCACAUUAUGCUGUGAAUGCAGCUGCAGUUUGUCGUAGCUUUUGGUUAGUUUGUGGCUUCUCCUCCUAUUGAGGGUAACAGGCAGGCAGCCAGUCAUACCCUAAACCAGACAAUCCUUUCCACCUCCUGCUUUUCUGCCCCUCUCACAGUCAGUCAGUAUUCUGUGCCCACUUACGAUUCUCAGUUUGCACUGAGAUCUCCCGCCAUAAAUCUUUUGUACUUGUGCAAACCUUGGGUUCUUCCAAGUCGGCUUCUUCUGCAUGGAUUUUGGCUACAUAAGAACCCAUACUUGGGGUCCACAGCAAUUUAAACUGGUAUGAUACUGCAUUAAAAGUCUAGUGCAGAUGGGACCUAAGUGUACACAGAAUUAUAGCCUGAAGCUAGGUCCCUUCUAGGGCUUGUCUGAGACCUGGGGCGGCAAGGAGCCAUGGGGUGUUCUUGGCAUGACAACAUAAGUCUGGCAUAGCCCUCCAGGGCCCGGGGCAAGGGUUCCCGGCUGCCCCUUCUGUGUGGGCUUGCCCUAACCACUGACUCUGUUGGAUGGGCUGAUGGGAGAUGGAGUCCAUGAACAUGUGGAGGGCUACAGAUGUUUCCCACCCCUGACCUAAAGGGCUUAACUUGAGAUCAGCUGCCUGCUUCUUACACACAAGCCCUGGCUUGGUAGUCAACUUCCUCUAGUCUCCUGCUACUUCUGGAUUGAGAGAGGGCAAGGGGGGGGCACAGCUGGUGGUCCCAUAUGUAGGAUUCCCUCCCCAGGGAGGUUUGCUUGGCACCAAAUCUAAUGUCUUUUUAAAUUUUCCUAGCAUAUUGAAUAAGUCACUUUUAUUGGCUCAGCCAGAUUUUAUUACAGUAUUCUGCUCUUCUAUGUCUCUUGUGUUGAAAUUUUUAAACUUGUUUAGCUUUUUGCUUUCUAUUUUGUCAUGGCUAAUAUCUAAGAAAAUACAGUUAUUACCUACAAACAAUUUUGCCAUGGCUAAUAGCUAAGAAAAUACAGUUAUUGCCUACAAACAAAGGGUAUUUAUUGUAUGUCUUUUAUCAUUAUUAUUAUUAUUCAGCUGUCAGGGGGAUUUUUUUAACGAAAGGGCGGGGAAUUCUCUAAAUGCAGUAAGUGAACAAAUAAACAAUAAGCACACUGGAGCCUUUUUGAGCUAUUUGUCCCUCGCUAGAUUGAAGUUUCAACAUUGCUUGUCUUGGGGUGGAAAACUAUAUGUCGAGCCUGGGCCUUUGAACGUGGACUGCCACUGAGCAAUUUUCAAGGGGAAAAACACCUGGUGGAAGGAGAGGCUACUUUUUCUUUUAGCUGGGAUCAUCUCAAUGUGAGCUUGGAGUGGAAGAAAAAUAGCUUUGGGGGGGGGGGUGAAUCUCAAGAAGGGUUAAGCAUUCCCUUCUGUUCACGAAUAUACAUGGGGCGGGUAAGGGGGCAGUCCCCGACCUGAUGAAACAUAACCCCCAGAUUCCCAGUUUUCAUUUUAAAAAAUAUGUUUCUAGCAUUUGCACCUAUGAGGUAAAAUUUAGACGCACUGUUCUCCCCAUUUUUUUUUGUCAGAAACUAGUGUGCUCACCACUUCCAUUGUUUACUAAAGCCCCUCACUCUGUAGCCACAACGUCUCCCUGUUUGGAAACAGGGAGACAUUGGGGCUGCAACUCCACAGAAAUAUUCCUGCAGAUUGCUCCCAUCUGCGGCUUCUCUGCUUGAAAGCAGGUUUCCAGCUCACCAAUUCACUGUAGCACGUUCAAAGAAAUGGGCCCGUCAUGUGCCUUCCUUCACUGGAAAGAGGUUUUUAAAAGCUCGAUGUGUUUCCUUAAUCACACAAUCUGUACAAAAUGGAGGAUUGUAAUUGUUGUAGUGGGAAGCAAUUGCAGUCCCUUGGGCCAAAUAAGAUCUCCAGAGGGGUUGUUGCCUGCUCUCCCCACACUUAACCUAGCAAUUCAAAAGCACGUCAGGGGAAUAGCCAAGGGCAGUGUCUCCAGGUGUGGAUGGACUCCAGCUCCCAUCAUUCCUGUCCACUGGGGCUGAUGGGAGUUGUAGUCCAAUAACAUUCAGAGGUUGCCAAGCCAACAACUUUUUCUUCUGUCCGGGUUUUCACUGUUUGAGAUAUGGCAACCCUAACAUUAAGACUACCCUUGCCCCAGAUGCGGGCCUAGUUUGCCUCAGCAAAUUACAUCAUAUAGGCAUAGCUGUCAACUUUUCCCUUUUCUUGCGAGGAAUCCUAUUUGGAAUAAGGGAAUUUCCCUUAAAAAAAGGGAAACAUUGACAGCUAUGCAUAUAGGAGAAGCUUGCUCAGACUGGCUGACUUCCAUGAAGUGAAGUGAACUCUUGUGCAAUGAAGGUUUUCUUGUUGAGUGGCGGCGGCUAUAGGCCCGAUCAAAAUCUGCUCCUUUCUCUUUUCAGAAUUCAACCAGACAGUCCAGGGUUCGGGAAAUAUGACAGACAAAAGCAGUCAAGAUCAGCUGCUGUUUCUCUUUCCAGAGUUCAACCAGCAAAGCCAGGGGGUGGGUCAGCUGGACGACCCCUGCGCUGAAACGCCCAGCAAGAAGAUGAGGCGGAACCGGUUCAAGUGGGGCCCUGCUUCGCAGCAGAUCUUGUACCAGGCCUAUGACCGGCAAAAGAACCCCAACAAGGAGGAAAGGGAGGCCCUGGUUGAGGAGUGCAACAGGUAAACAGAAAUAAGGGGGGGGAAAUAAACGCCUAAAACUUAAACCCUGCACAAAAGACAAAGGCGUCUUCCCCCCUGUCUUGCUUCUAAUUAGUUGUUGGCAGAGGGCAAAGCCUGCAUUGUUUUCGUUAACCCCCAUUGUGUGAAGUGUCUGGCACGUCCUGUGUCAAAGGAAAAAGAACCUGGUAUUCUCACCAUCUAGAAUAAGUCAACAACUGGAGAGGAAAAAGCUACCCGGGAAGAGGGUAACGCCUGCAGGAGUUUGAGACUCAGCCCUCCACCAAGUUAAAUUCAGUUCCUGAGGAGGCUUGUUAACAACGGACCCCCAAAUUAGGGAUCCCCCUCCAAACCUGUGCCCAAACGUGGGGUUUUCACUGCAAAACUUUGGCACAGGUUUGGAGGGGAUCCCAAACUGUGGGGUUCGUAGUUAACGGGGCCUCCACAAGGGAUGUAUAAUGGCCCCUGGUUCUGUAGGUGGCUGAAAGCAAAAUAUAAUCUGGUUAUUCUCAUUGGGAUUUACAAGCCGCUCUUCACAAAAAUGGCCCCAGGGCAGAUUAUGACGAUAUAAAAAUACAAUAUUGAAAUGGAUUAAAUACAACGGUUGAGCUCCUAGUGUUGAGUUGAGCAACUUUUUCCAGUCCAAUGGCAAUAUUUCAUUGAGGGCAGCAUUUGGUGAUGUGCAACCAGUCACUACUGCAGACCUGGGCAAAGCAAUGGUAUGAUCCCUACAUUUUACAGUAGGUUGUAUUUCAGCCAUGCAAAAGGCAGAGGUUUAUAUACCCACACCCUUUGGGAGGGGGCUAGAAGGCCCCAGAAGCAUUCAUAGGCAUGUGUUUAUGCAUUUUAAAAAGAUGUGCUGGAAAGGGUUCGUGGUGAAUAACAACCUUUACAUCACUAUUAUAUGCCUGGAGCAGUUUCAGAAAUAAUUUGAAUGCAUUUUUGUACUUUCGUUCCAUCUGCACAAGUUCCCAUGUAGCCCUUUUAAAGAUUGAUGAUGAUAAAUAAGAUGAUUUAAGCAAACAAAUAUUUAUUUAAUGUACAGUAUUUCAUAAGAUUUAUACAACGCUUGACUGCAAAAAAACUAAAAGCGUUUUGCAAAAAGAUGAAACAAGGAAAUCAAGAAAAAUUUACAACCACACUUCAAAACACAAAAAGUUUAAUUGCUAAAACAAAUGAAACUUCAACCUUCUAAGCAGGCAUAGGCAAACUCCAGAUGUUUUGAGACUACAAUUCCCAUCAUCCCUGACCACUGGUUCUGUUAGCUAGGGAUGAUGGGAAUUGUAGUUCCAAAACAUCUGGAGGGCCGGAGUUUGCCUAUGCCUGUUCUAAGCAUCCGGGUAAACUUGUGUAAACAAGUAAGUUUUUAGCAGGCACCAGAAAGAGUCCUGUGACAAUGCCUCCUUGAUCUCAACAGGCAGGCAAAUUUAAAUUUGUCUCAAAUUAAAAACACCAACCUGUUAUAGUACUUAUUUUAUUUAGAGUCUCUCUUUUCUGUAAUAACCUGGCUUAAAAGGAAGGCCACGUUUUAUAUAAGUAUGUUAAUUUCCUUCUGCAGUAAACCUAUCAGAACGUCCCACCUUGGAGGCUGAUGGAUCCUUAUGGAUUCCUGAGAGCCCUUUGUGAAGUGGAGGCUGAUCUGUUUGGGAGAACUGCCCUACCAAUCCCAGUCUGCCCUCAGCAAGCCUCCAACUCGCCUGCCCCCUUACUAAUCAUCAGGCCAGGGGUUGAGACUGGCUGUCAUCUUCCUCCGCAGUCUCAGUGUUGCCCUUGUAUAACUCAGCAGGGAGGAGGAUACAGACAAAACUAGAAUUGGUCCCCUCUGCCUGUCCAAUGGGCACCAAUCAGCACUGCCUUGGAUCAUUUUUGCUUUGUUCAGCUGGUGUUCCUGCUGAUGCUCAGAUUGCUCUGGGGGUAGAGAAGAUAGUCCAGGCCAUGCGAUUGAUAGAACCAAAAUACCCUCUCCUGCUGUGCAAAGCUUGACUUUCACCUUGGGUUUUCGGCUCCCAUAAGUCCCUAUUGAGUGUGGCCAGUGGUCAGGAAUGAUGGGACUUUUGUUUAUUUAUGUGGCAAAAUUUAUAUACCAAUUGACUAUAAAUCAAAAUUCUAAGCCAUUUAUUAUUUUAAAAAGUCAAUAAAAGACUAAAGUUGAAAAUGUGUGUGUGUGUGCGCGCAAUCCUAAAUAUAAGUAAAAUCAAGAGUUAAGCUAAAAACAAAGCACAUUUUAGCUUUUACAUAUCCAUAUCAGGAAAACAUAGGUUUUCCUGAACGAAAACUUUUUUUUAGCAGGUGCCGGAAGGAGUACAGCAAAGGCACUACCUGAUGUCAAUAGGCAGGGAGUUUCAAAUUGUAGGUGCUGCCACACUAAACUGUUACCAGUGCCUCAUAAUAUUAGUUCUGAGCUUGUAAGAAAUCAGCUCAACAGCUCAACUUGUAACACAUCAGCAGCAUCUAGACAGCCACUGUUACCUCCAUUAAGUCCUCAUAAGGUUUUCUGAACGCCGGUGGAAUCUGUCAUCCGUAGAAGCCUAUCCCAUAAUAAAUUCAUUAUGUCUUUAAAGUGCUUCCAUUGCUGGAGGCAGUAUGCUUCUGAAUGCCAGUUUGCUGGAAACCACAGGAAGGACGGAUCCUGUUGUGCUCAGGUCCUGUUUGUGGGCUUCCCAUAGGCAUUUGGUUGGCCACUGUGAGAACAGGAUGCUGAACUAGGUGGACCACUGGCCUGAUCCAGCAGUGCCAGGAUAGCUCUGGUUGCCUACCGAAGGCUUUUAUUGCAAGCUUUCUCAAUGAGCUCUCUUUAUUUUUCUCCUCCUAGGGCAGAAUGCCACCAGCGGGGCGUAUCCCCCUCUAAGGCACAUGGACUGGGUUCGAAUUUGGUGACGGAAGUCCGGGUCUACAACUGGUUUGCGAACCGGAGGAAAGAGGAGGCUUUUCGUCAGAAGCUGGCUAUGGAUGCUUACAGCACGGGCCAACCUCACAGCAUGAACCUUUUGCUCUCCCACAAUUCCCCCCAUCAUGCGCAACCCAGCUCUUCCCCACCAAGCAAAAUGCCAGGUAAGGAAUAUGAGAAUUAUGAGAAUUAUGUGUUUCCCCAGCAAACACUGUUAUAAGCACUUGCGGUGUUUGCUGUUUAUAGUACAUUGCAGAAUAAAUGACGACUUAACAAAGUGACAUAACCAGAAGUAGUUGACUGCCUGCAAGAAGCUUACAAUCAAAAACAGACAACGGGGAACUCAGUAGUAGAGACUGUUUGUUAUACCAGCAUUUACAAAAUCUCGUAAAUGCUGGUAUUGUGUUGCUGGGAAUUGCAGGUGAGCAGAGUGCAUUCGGGCUUUGUUUGCUGUUUGCUGGCCACUGUGAGAACAGAGUGCUGGACAGAUCUAUGGCAUGUCCAUAUUUGGAAGACCGUGCAGAGUUUGGAAAAGGUUCAGAAAGGGGCAACCAAGAUGAGGAACCCCUACGGGGAGAAAGGUUGCAGCAUUUGGGCUUUUUUAGUUUAGAGAAGAGGCGAGUUGGAGGCAGCACGACAGAGGUGUAUAAAAAAUUUCAUGGUAUGAGAAAUGUGAAUAUAGAGGAUAGGGAUGCGGGUGGCACUGUGGGUUAAACCACAGAGCCUAGGGCUUGCCGAUCAGAAGGCUGGCAGUUCGAAUUGAAAUAAAAAACUAAGGUCAUAUAUACAUACAGGCAAACACGUACACAUAUGUAUGGGCCACAUGUCUGAGGUAGCACAGGAGGGCAGUCCUGGAGCCAUUUUGGCUCCCAGACUGACCAAAUGUUUUCUCUGCAAGGUCAAAGGAAAAUGGGAAAUCCUCCCCAUUGUCUUUUUAUUCACAAAAGGGUAUAUCUGUGUAUGAAUAGGGUGAGCCUGUGACCUGGCUCAGGAACUAAGUAUUUGUCACUACAAAAUACUGGCCAGGCUCCCCAGAGUAUCCAAUCAAGUAAGCAUUAACAGGUAACCUGCCAGACAGGAGAUAAACAACGCACUUCUGUGAUGUAGGUAUGAUGUGUCUGGGGGGUGGUCUUGGACUCCAGGGCGGGCAAUUUAAAAUGUCUAUAUAAGGGCGGGCACACCUGGGUUCUGGGUCCUGCUCCUUUCCUGCGUGUGAGGGGAGCACCCUGUUGCAACAGUUCAAUAAAGAUCAGGCUUACGAGCUGCUUUGCUUCUCAAUAUUCUCUGGUUGGCCUCUGUUCUUUUCUCUGACUGAUGGAGAACCUACAAAGGACUCUAUAAGGGCUCUUGUGUCCCCCAUAAGGGAAUAAGGGCAGAUUUUCGUUUAUUACAGAAUCCCCGCUACGGGGUGAGCUCCCGUUGCUCGGUCCCUGCUUCUGCCAACCUAGCAGUUUGAAAGCAUGUCAAAGUGCAAGUAGAUAAAUAGGUACCGCUCCAGUGGGAAGGUAAACAGCAUUUCCGUGCGCUGCUCUGGUUCGCCAGAAGCAGCUUAGUCAUGCUGGCCACAUGACCCAGAAGCUGUAUGCCGGCUCCCUCAGCCAAUAAAGCGAGAUGAACGUCACAACCCCAGAGUCGUCCGCAACUGGACUUAAUGGUCAGGGGUCCCUUUACCUUUGAAACAGGAUUAGACAAAAUGAUGGAGGAUAAGGCUGCCACCAGUGGCUGCUAGCCACGGGGGCUAUGCUCUGCCUCCAUUGUCAAGAGGCAGUGUCCUUCGGAACAACAGUUUUUUUAAAACCUUCCUGAUGCCAUCGUGGGCACAAAUCAUCAUGGAUGCACAAUAAAAAAGGGGACACCCAGAGGGGAACUUUCACUGCCUGUCUCAUGCUCUCCCCCAUCUGUGUUUAUGGCAAGUCUUUGGUCAUUUUAUAACUUGUUGGGUGGACCAGAGGGUUGUCACAAAAGCAAAGCAGGAUAAUGGAGAGGGACGAGAGAUGGGGAAGCAGGCACCUUUAAAUUGGGAGAGUUUGGAAAGGGACAAGGCUAGAAGAGAGUGGUGCUUAAUUGGGGGAGGGGGGAGGCUAUCUCAAGUGACUGAGUGGUGUAGAGCAAGGAGCAUUGUUGGGCAGAACAAUCCCCAUUGUUCUUGUACCUGUAAUCUACACACCAAAGUCAGCGAGCUCAAGAGGCAAACAGCAGAAAUCAGCUUUCUGACAAGCGUUAGGGUUGUGUUGGGGUCAGUGUGGGGUCACUAGCUCUUUUCUUUUGGGUCUCUGCUGCUGGUUCCUUAAACAAUGCAGCAUCCUCAAUCUCUAUCACUCUCUCUCUCCACCCCAGCCCCCUUCUAAAGGAAUGGGUGGAGGGAGACAACUAAUGUAAUCCCACCCAGUUGCGGCAUGGAAGGCUGCAGAACCUCUAUCCAGCAUUGCUGGUUACAAACAGGGAACUGAUAAAUGGGUCCUUUUGAGUCAUCUUUUAUGAUGGAAGCACUCAAAAUCUUGCAUCACACUUAGGAACAGCCGCUGUGCUAGAGUGCAUCCAGAUUUUCUGUUUUCUGGUUGGGAUUGAAUCACAUGCCAGCAAAUUCAGGUUGUGUGAUUAAAGCUGAUUUGGUACUCUUGGGAAGCACAGCUCCUUGCCCCCUCCCUCCCUCCCCCAAAAGACCACCCCACACUGGAUUUUACGUGGUAAGGAAAGUUAUGGGAUCAUCCACUUGGAAAGUGUGGGAUAAUGACUGCUUCGUGCAAUGUUGUCUGACCUCUCCACCCACCACUCAGAAUGAGUUCUCACUAAAUACUUAAAUAAUGUUUUUGUUUAAUAAGGCUUUUCCUGAUGGUUGACCCGGUCAUUUAUAAGCUAUCAAUUAUAUAUCUGCAUAAAUAUUCUUCUUUGGUUUUUAGAAUUUGUCAGAACGAUGCUAUUGUUGUGAGAAUGUUACAUUUUGGGGUUUGGGUCGGUUUUCAUCUUACACAGUGCUUUGAUGGCUUUAUGCUAUAAAGCAAUCUUUGAAUAAAUAACCAAUGUCGGUUGCACGAUCCACAUAAUGCAUUCAAAGCACAUAGCUUCCACCAUAAAAAGGAAGCCCGGGUUCUGUCAUUUGCUAAGGGUGCUGGGAGUUUUAACUCCGGGAGGGGCAGGCUACAGUUCCCAGGAUCCUUUGGGGGAAGUCAUGUGCUUUAAAUGAAUGUGACUGUCUUCCGAUGUCCUCACAAACUCGGUGCAAACGAAUCAUCAGAAUAAACAUUCAAUAAACAGGGUGUCUGGGAGCAACCUGAAUUCAGUAUAACACUGACGGUGUCAAUCAGGGUCACCUUUGGACUGGACCCCUCGUUCUUCUCAUCAGACUACAAUUUCCAGGAUGUUUUGGUGUAGGAGCCAUUAUAUUAUUAGUAUUAGUAUAUUUUAUGAAAUUUGUAUACCAUCCUUUACCCAUAGGUCUCAGGGUGGUUCACAGCAUGUUAUUAAUCGCAGCAUAAAGUUUGUGGCUAAAAUUAAAGCCUCGGAAGAACCUCAGAGGAAUCAUCAUCUACGGAUUUCCUGAAUUUCAGGCCAAAAUCUCUCCCAAGCCCUUUCUGGAGUUGAACCUAGGAUACACCAGAGCCAGUGUGUGUUCAUAUCACUAAGCUAUGGCCCGUUCUCUGAUUCAUGUGUCAUUAUUUAAGCUGCCUCUAAUUUUAAAUGUACAGGAAGAUUUUAGCAGAUUGAACCAGUCUGGUUUUUAUCAGCUAAGGUCCUCCCUGCCCUACCCACCGAACUGAAAUCCCACCCAUGAUUGGGAUAGUGAGACCAAUUUACCCUCCAGCCUUCUGCAGAUGAAUAAAGGGUGCUUAUGUAACACCCCUUUCCUCAUGUCAAAGACCACUGACUGAUCAGGUCACAGCCACACAUGGUACAUAUAAAACACUCCUAUAACACCAUCAUGGCUUCCCCCUCCCCAAAGAAUCCUGGGAACUGUAGCUUGCUAAGGAUUCUGGGAGUUGCAGCUCUGUGAGGGGUCUCCUACCAACUUGCAGCACCCUUAACAAACUGGGAUUCGUUUGUCAUGAUGGAUAAAAGUGGUAUAAACGAGCUUUAAAUGCAUAGCAUGGAUGUGGCUUGAGUCCAUCCCACUGGCUGUAUUGAUUUCACCCAUUUUACUUAGUCAUUUUACAGCCUAUUCUCUAGCAACUAAAAUGCCAGGACAGCAUUAGUUAAAGAUGUUAGGGCUGGGGCGGGGACAGAUACGAUUUUUCUGAUAAUGUGCUAGCAACAGAUCACGUAUACUGUGUGCAGCAUGUGCCUUUGGUGUUCCUGAACAUGCAUUUAUUAUUAUUAUUAUUAUUAGUAGUAGUAGUAGUAGUAGUAAUUCAUUUGUAUACCACUUACAUACCAAAAAAUGACCAUAAAAUCCAUAAUUAAAAUACACAGUAACGAAUACUUUAGGGCAUCAAAACAUCCUUAAUUGGAAUAUGCAAUAAUGCAAAAACAAUUGAACAGCACAGCAAUUAAAACAAUUAAAAACCAGUAGAAACAAUGAAACAAGAAGUUCAGUUCAGGGGAAAGCUGGCCUAGACAGGGGUGUGCCUUCAGAAUGCCAGCCCUCAUGGCAGCUCCUAUAUUUGGGCAAUGACGGCAUUCCACAACCCUGGUGCCACCAGUGUAGAAGCUCGCCUCCAUGCUGCCACACGCUGGUAAUAAUCAGGCUGUAGCAAAACUUAGAUAGAUCCCAUUAACUGAUUGCAGCAUGUGCUAGAGGAAAAUCACAAAACCACUCCUUGCCACCAAGACUGAAGGGGACCCCCUGAACCUUAGAAUUACAGAGCUUGAAGUCAUCUAGUCCAACCCAAUUGGAAGCGUACAAUUAUGAUUAUUGUUGUUAUUAAUAACCCACCUUUGAGCUGCUAGGAGGAAAGGUGGGUUGGAAAAUACAAAUACAGUGGUACCUUGGUUCUCAAACUUAAUCCGUUCCGGAAGUCCGUUCCAAAACCAAAGCGUUCCAAAACAAAGGUGUGCUUUCCAAUAGAAAGUAACGCCAAAUCGAUUAAUCCAUUCCAUACUUUUAAAAACAACCCCUAAAACAGCAAUUUAACAUGAAUUUUACUAUCUAAUGAGACCAUUGAUCCAUAAAAUGAAAGCAAUAAACAAUGUACUGCAGUCACACAAUCAAUCAAUCAAUCAAUCAAUCAGUAGCUGAACCGGGUUCUACACAGUCACAAAAACAAAACAAAAAAGCCACAAAAACGCAAAAUAAAUAGCAAAACCUCAGCGUAACGCUCAAAACGGAGCACAUUCGGCUUCCAAAAAAUGUUUGCAAACCGGAACACUUAUUUCCAGGUUUGCAGUGUUUGGGUUCCAAGUUGUUUGAGUACCAAGGCGUUUGAGAACCAAGGUACCACUGUAUAACAAAAAUACAAAUAAUCAUGGGAAUUGUAGUUGAAGGGUGCUGGGAGCAGUUGCUCUUUGAGGGGUAAACUAUAGUUCACAGGGAUGUGUGUUUUAAAUAUGGUUUACACGUAUGGUGUGUAUGUAGCCAUGUUCCUCCGACUGUCCCGGGUAGCAAAUGCAACAAGCCAAAUCUGGAUGUACUUUGAAGCAGCUGCCUAAACCGGCUCCACUCUCUUCCCCACUGACCACGAUGUGACCCUAGUGGUGGAAUGUCCCACACAAUACCCGUGUGACAGAGAGAGGAGCUUGCUCUCUUCUGUCAGGGCCUGAUUGCUUACAAGAUGCACUACCAGCACACUGUCAGCAAAAUCAGCUGUUUUCAGUGUUUUCCCUGCUUGCCUUUACAAUAAUAUGCCAGCAUGGAGUCAGGAGGGGGGGUUACCCUGGCUUUGUUUCCAGCUCCCCCCCCCCAGCCCCCCACAACUCCUCCCGGUUAUGCAUGCUUAAUUGACAAUUAAAGUUGGGGCUUUGAACCAGCGUGGGUGCCUUUGAUGUGUCCUCCGCAUCCCUCCAGCAUCUGUUGAGUUAGCCGAUGACUCUCUUUUGUUUUUCCUCUUAUUACGGGGCCACUGAGAUGGUUCAGCCAGUGUCCAGUUUAUUCCGAGAGGAUGGAAAGGCUCUUAAAUGUGGUCCUUUUAACCCAUCCUCCCUAUAUCCCUUCCUUUAAACAAUAAAAUAAAUAGCAUUGUGCUUUGGAUCGGCAAGGUUUGCCAUUACAGGCCUCGUUUACCUCAGGGCACAGACUUCAGUCCGAAAGUAGUGAAAUUCAACACUCUGAGAAAUAUGGGAUAGUCACCAUGCUGAUUCUUAAGAACAUAGAUUGUUGCCUUAUACUGAGUCAGACCAAUAGUCCAUCUGGCUCAGUAUUGUCUAUACGGACUGGUAGCAGCUCUCCAGGAUUUCAGACAAAGGUCUUUCCCAGCCCUAUCUGAACCUGGGACCUUCUGCCUGCAAAGCAGGUGUGCUGCUGCUUAGCUAUGGUGCAUUCCAGGAACAUAGGAAGCUGCAAUAUACUUCACAGGUCCAUUUAGUUCAGUAUUGUCUGCACUGACUGGCAGCAGCUCUCCAGGUCUUUCCUCUCACCUUUUACCUGUUCUUUUUAAACUGGGCAUCCCUGGGACCUUCUGCAUGCAAAACAGGAGCUCUACCGCUAAGUGGCAACCCUUCUCUCCCCCCUUUCCUGGAAAUAUCUACUUAGUUAAAACUUGUACCCCUCAUUUCCACAAGUUUGUAAUGGGUUCCAGGAACUGUAGCUCUAUGGAAGGUAAACUACAGUACCCAGGAUUCUUUGGCUGAAGUCUUGUACUUUAAAUGUAUGGUGUGUGAACAAACAUCUGAAAUAUCUGAAGGACCAUCUCCUUCUUUACAGACCCUUCUUGGGUGUUAAGACUGGCACAGGGGAGGUCCUCUUGGAACUUAAUGCUGUUUCUGAGAGUUUGCAAGUUUGCCACAGAGAGAGCAUCGUGAUAAGGUGCUCUCUGUGGCAGCCCCUGAGCUCUGAAAUUCUCUCCCCACGGAGGUGUCCCUGGCUCCUUCAUUGCACAGCUUUCAUCAUCUGCUGAAGAUUGCUCUGGCCUUGGACACCUGGUAGAUAUAGAUUAACCCAUAUAUUUAGGAUUCUGAUUGUAGAUUGUUUCAACUAAUUUUCAUCCUGUGUUUUUAUAUUGUAUUCCACCCUGGGACCUUAUGGUGAAGAGUGAUUAAGAAAAUCAAUAAAUAAUAAUAAUGAUGAACAGGAAGAAACCUUUAUCCAUUCCUGCUACCUCUCUUCAAUGGGCCAGAUAUUUUUUUAAAAAAUAUUUUUAUUAAAGUUUUCUUGGUUUACAAAGGUAUGCACAAUGCCUCUUUUUUCAAGUUGCAUUUUCCAUAGGUCAAUUUCAUUUGUUGAGAAUUGGCCAGAUAUUGACCCAGGGACUUUCUGCAUGUGGACAUGUGCUCUCUUGCUGAGCUGUGACCCUCUCUCAAUAACUGGUGUGGGGUCUGUAGGACCUGUUCUAAUUGAUUGAUGGAAUCUGCUCCUGUAAAAUAUGAUGAUGUCUGCUGUCUAAGUUGGCUUUGAAAGGAGAUUAGACAAAUUGAACCGGAGGACAAGUCUAUCAAUGGCUCCCAAUCAUCUUGGCUAUAUACUUCUCCCAGGUUCAGGCCCAGAAGCAGUAUUCCUCUCAGUGGUAGAGCAUGCAGAAGGUCCCAGGUUCAAUCCCUGAUAUCUCCAGGUAGCACUAGGAAAUGGACCAAUGGUGUGACUUGGUAUAAGGCAUCUUCCUACGUUCCCAUGUCUAGAGGGAAGGGCCAUAGCUCAGUGGUAGGGCACCUGCUUUGCAUGCAGAAGGUCCUAGGUUCAAAACCCAGCAUCUCCACGUUGUUGGUGAUGGGAAAGACCCCCUUUUUGCCCUAGCCUCUGCAGAACUGCUGCCAGUCAGAACAGACAAUAGUAAGCUAGGCAGGCAAAUAGUCUGACCGGGUAUAAGGAAUCUUCUUAUAUACCAGUGGCUGAGAAUCACAAACUGGGGAGAGCGUUCUUGCUGUUACGUCUUGCUUUUGGGCUUCCCGAAGAUAUCUGGAUGGUCUGUGUGUGACAGAGGGUGGUGGGCUAGACAGACUCUUGGUCCAAUCCAGCAGGGCUCUUCUGUGUUUACUCUAGAAUGUAUCCCAGAAUCCUUUGCCACACACUGGAGAUCCUUCCACAGUCCUGCACAUCAGGCUUCCUUAAGCAGCUGAUGUGCAAAGGAUCCCUUCCGGAGGCUGAAAGAAAAAGAGCUGAAAUCUACAGCCGCAAAGCUCUUCUUUGGAGGUUUAAUAUCCCCGCUUUAAUUUACUCACCUGCACAAUGCGAGGGGCAGGGGAGAGAUGGAAUUUGCAACUCCCCACGGCUGGCUGUUUUUUUUGCUGACCCCACUGAUGACUCUCCAUGCUGGGAUUUGAACUGUCCUUGCACUGUUUCUGUAGGGUUGUCUGGAGCACUAAAUUCCUUAACUGCUUAAUAGCAUGCCUCAAAUUGUCUGCAACCCUCUUCUGUCCCAAGCCACUCUAGCCAGUACUAAAUAAUGUGCAACAGUUGUAUGCAAUUAAGCUUUGAAUUCUGAAGGGAUGAGGAGCAAAGUUUAGCAAAGUUUAUAGUAUAGCAAAGUUUAUACAUUUUGUGUGUGUGUGUAACUUUCUUUAAACCUUCUUAAGAGGAUGGCAAAAGGGGAGGGGGUUUUUUUAAUUGCUGAUGACCAUUUUCACUGUGUCUGCUUGCACAAUAACCCUGUGAUGUAUAACUCCCUAUAACUCUAUAAAGAGUUCACUAUAACUCCUAUUUUACAGAUGAGGGACUGAGGAUCCAGACAUAGGUUGCUUCCAGACCACUUGCUUACUGAGCGCUCAUCCUGAUUUGUUUGCACAAGGUUUGUGGGGAGGUUAGACAACAUUGGCUGUUAAACAGCGUCGCAUGAAGGUUAAACAGCGUCGCAUGAAGCAAUUGUUAUUCCAUAGUUUCCAGGGCAUCUUCUCAUCACUUUCCUUAUCGCAAAAAGUCCCCUUUGUCUUUGUCUUUUUUCUUUCUUUUUGGAAGCAGGCUUGUUGCUCAAGAGCUCCAAAUGAACUUUCAUUUUUGUAUAAUCUUCCUGCAAACAAAUCUGAACAAAUGGUCAAUGAAGACUGGGCAUUGUUUAACCUCUGCGCAAGCCUUGUGCAAGCAAAUGAAGAUGAAAUGCUCAAAUAAAGAGUUCAUAUGGAGGAUCCCAAGAUGGUACUUGAGACUUAAUUUGGGCCAGGAUUGAGCCUGGGCAUCUGCUUUCAAAUAGCUAGACUUGACCCUGAAAUGUGUGAAUUAAAGUAGCUAAAGAGAGUUCAGUCACACCAGAGAUGAACUGUGCUGUUUUGGAAUGGAUGUGGCAUCCAUUCUGACAUCUCUCUUUCUAGUAUAAAUCAACUCAUCAAAAGUCAACCAAAUCAGAGAUAUUAGCACAACAUACCAACUUACUCUUCAUGUAAAGGAGACAAGUGCUUUCUUCUUUAAUUAUACCUGUUUUUACAUGUCUUAAGAUUUUCAGUCCUUUGGAAUAAAGUUGUAGGGGUUAGUUCUCUGGGGGAAGGGGAGUACUUAAAAAGAUUCUCAGUGAUUUAUUCCCCAUUCUACUGCUAGGAGGAGCAGCAGAAUACUGGAUUUGAAUGCCAAAGGGGGACGGCCCAUCCAAGCCCCAUAUUUUACGCUUUCUUGCUCAUUAUUGUGUUGUAUCAGCUCAACACGUUGUUUAGGAACCUUUUCUGGUUUUACUGGGGAUAAUUAGAGUUUUAUGGCACCAGCCAAAUAGGCAAAGGAGGACAGUCACAAUAAACUGGUUUAUAAUGGACACAAAUGAUUCGCCCCACAGCCGCAGGAGAGUAACGCUUUCAAGCACCUUUUGAGUGGCAGUCUCUUGUAGUUUUUGCUGGCUCUCUCAAUAGAAUCCGUGGGCUCUUGUAGAUGAAAUGGUACAAAGGCAGAAAUGUUUGGUUGAUCAGCCUUUUGGGGGGUGGUGGAAAGAGCUCCCCCUGCGAGUCGGAAGAGUUAGGGGUUAUCCACACUUCCUCUAUCCCUGCUUCUUUCCCCAGGAAGAAACCAUUCCUUAGUGCUCAGUCAGAGGAAAAAGGCACUCCUGUUUUCAGUGGAUUGCUGUUUGUUCUGAUUUAGAACCACUUGGACCCAUGCCUUCAGAAUUAUAGAAAAAGCCUUUAGUGACUUGGAGACUUUGUGGAUUAUGGCGUAGGUUUCCUUCCUCUGCUAUGUGUGGCUUAUGAACUAAAAAGUCACAGCCACCCAAUACAUUUACGGUAAUCCCUGUUGCACCACUUCAACUGCCAUGGUUCCCUGCCUAAAGAAUCAUGGGGACUGUAGUUUGUUAAAGGUGCUGGGAAUUCUAGCUCUGUGAGGGGUCCCCUAAAAAAAACAACCCCAGCAUCCUUAACAAACUACAGCCCCCAGGAUUCUUUAGGGGAAGCCAUGGAAGUUCAAAGCUUGAUAUCAUAGUGCUUUCAAUGCAUGGUGUGAAUAUAACCAAAAUAAAACAUCCAGUUUUAGGAGGGGAAAGUAUUAAAAAUAAAACUGCCGGUAAUGACAUGCUUUUAUAUUAUAAAUACAGUGGUACCUCGGGUUAAGUACUUAAUUCGUUCCGGAGGUCCGUUCUUAACCUGAAACUGUUCUUAACCUGAAGCACCACUUUAGCUAAUGGGGCCUCCCGCUGCCGCCACGCCACCGGAGCCCGAUUUCUGUUCUCAUCCUGAAGCAAAGUUCUUAACCCGAGGUACUAUUUCUGGAUUAGCGGAGUCUGUAACCUGAAGCGUAUGUAACCUGAAGCGUAUGUAACCCGAGGUACCACUGUAUAUCAUGUCCUGAUUUGGAAUACAGUGGUACCUCUGGUUGCGAACGGGAUCUGUUCUGGAGCUACGGUCACAUCCCAAGGAAUUCGCAACUGGAGAUGGUGUUUCUGCGCAUGCGCAUGGCGCGUAAAGCGCUUUUGCGCUUGCGCACGAGGCGAAACCCAGAAAAAUACUUCUGGGUUUGCCACGUACGUAUCCCGAAGGAUACGUAACCAGAGGUGAACACAACUAGAGGUACCACUGUACUUGAAUAUGGUUAGGAGCAGAGGAACCUGCCUUAUACUGUGUCAGACCGUAAUCCAUCUAGCUCAGUAUUGUCUACACUGACUGGCAGCUGUUCUCCCAAGGCCAGGGACAUUCCUAGUCUUGCUUGCAGAUGCUAUUGGGGAGUGAACCUGGGACCUUCUGUAUGCAAAGCAGAUGCUCUCUACCACUGAGCUACAAUAGUAAUAAAUUUAUUAAAUUGGUAUACAGCCCUCAACCCAAAGAUCACAGGGCAGUUCACAACAAAAAAAUACAAAAUGAAAACACAUAUGAUAAAAACAAAAACAAACCUAUAACCCCCACUCCCACAAACACAUUUAAAAGGAUAUAGAAUGAGCCCAAGGCCUGGUUAAAGAGAAUGUUUUCGCCUGGCACCUAAAGAUAUGUAAUAAAAGCACCAGGCAAGCUGAAAAAGUUGGAAAGGAGCAGGAAAAGGCAAUAGGACCUGUGUACGUGGAAUACCUCCCAUAGGAGGAAAAGACAAUGCAUCUGGGGCUUUCUUGUUUGUGGGUAGGGGAGAAUGGUUAAGAUGAGGUUUUAUGAAAUUAUGCAUGGCAUGGAGAGUGAACCUUUUCUCCCUCUCCCAUAAUACUAGAAUUCAAGGUCAUCCAAGUUAAAUUUAUGGGCAAUGGAUCCAGAACAGACAAAGGGCCUCUCCAGACGGGUGGUUUAUUGUGGGUCUCUUCUGCAGCAUGGUGUUGACACAGAAAUAGUGCAUUAGUGGUUGAUUUAUUCUACUUUAUUUUGUGGUUCUUUUCUAUGAGCACUGUCUCAAGGGGCUAUAGUGGAACAAGAGUGGAACAAAAAUAAACCAGGACAUGGUGGCGUAAAAAUGGGUUUGGGAUUCCAUCAGGAAGUUGCGGGAUACGAACCACUGGAAAUGAAGCAGCGUGACUGCCCCAAAACUUUUGCAGGUACAUAUAGUGUUGGAAGUGGGAUUGUGUAUGACUGCCCAGAUACUAUCAUAAGCACAAAUCAUCAUGAGUGUUCGAUAAAAAGGACGUCUGGAGGAACCCGAAAGGAAAUAUUCCCCCCCCCCACCUACCCACAAUGCGCAAUUUGAGAUGGGAUCUGCUUUGGAAAGUUUCACCAAACAAGCCAAUGUGGUUAGGAAACCGAUAUUUUCUGUGCUUGGGCAGGAAAACAUGAAGCAGCCAAUAAAGGCAUUUGAUGGGCUCUGCAACCUGGAGUCGGAAACAAUAGUUCAGGUCCCAUAAACAAGACUUUUAUAUUCCGUCUGCUCCUCUACUAAAGCCAUCUUUAUGAAGCAAGGCGCAGUCACGCAGAGGUGGUUUUUCUAUCAGGCUUUGCUGCUGAGAACUAAUGGCAGAGAGAGCUCCGGGAAGAAUGAAACCUCUCCAUGCCACAAGAGCCUCACGCUGUGGCAAGGGAAGAGGGCGAACAAUGGGCUGGGCUUUUCAAUGCCUGUCUCGCCCAGGUUUUCCAUAAACCACAGACAAUAUCCUUCGCGCAAUAUAUUAUCCCAAGACAUUCAGAAGGCAGGGAAUCUUUACCUUCCAGGCAAGCUGCUAAGGAUUCUCAAUAUUUUUUCAUUUAUUCCAAGCCAGGGAUAUCAUGUUGGUUGCUGCCAUUUCAUUUCCAGGGCCAGUUCAAAGUGCUCAUAUUAGCAUUUAAAGCCCUGAAUAACUUGAGCCUCAAAUAUAUUUAAGAAACCACCUCCUUCCCUAUAGACCAUCUCAGGUGUUAAGAUCAGCAGAGGGGGGUCCUCUUGGCAGUUCCUUCACCAUCAGAUUUUUUUGGGGGGGGUGUCUGCCCAGGAGAGGGCAUUAUUUGUGGCAGCCCCUGAAUUGGGGAGAAUUCCCUCCCCACAAAGGUGUACCCAGCACCUUCACUGUGUAGUCUUAGUUUGCUGAAGGCACAACACUUUGCCCUGGACUUUGACUCCACACACACAUACAGAGAGAAGGCAGGCAAGGGAGAUCAGGAGUAGGACUGGGCAAUAUAUUGAUAUGUCGUCCAAAACCAGUUUGAAGUCCAUAUUGUCAUAUCCAUUUCAUAAUUUUUGACCUGGCAGUGUAUCACAAAUCAUGAUGUGUAUUCAGGCUGGGCGGUGUUAUCAUCCAAAACCAGUUUUGAAGUCAUAUAAUGAUAUUGGUUUCAUAAUUUUUGACCUGGCAAUAUAUAAUAAAUCAUGGUGUGUGUGUGUGUGUGUGUGUGUGUGUUAUGCAAAAAUCACAAUGGAGGAAGAACCGUGAAGCCAGCCACAUAACUCCACCCUUAUUUCAGACAUCGUGAUAUCACAAUGUUCGGCUGGUGAUAUAUCACGAUGUUGAAAUCCAGGUAUCGGCCAGCCCUAAUUAGGAGCCUUCCUGUUGUCUUCCUUGUAAUCUGUAAUGAUGUUAAUCCAUCAUUAACUGUUAUAAUAUUGUACUGUUAAAUUGUCGCAACCCAUCCUGGGACCACCUAGUCCCAAACAAGCUUCUUAAGUAGAGAUCUUUCCAGUCUGCAUCUUUAUUGGAAUUGUUUUUCAAUGACUUAACUGUUUUAUCAUUUGUGAGUUUGGGCUCAUCCACACAGCCCUGAAUGGGAACAAAUGUCAUUGGGUUUUCUCCAGAUUGACAUUUGCUCUGAUUUAGGUUCUAAACAGCUGGUUUUCUAGGGGAAAGCAGCAAGUCAAAGGUUUAACCACUUAAGACUCAUGCCUAGAAAGCACAAGACAAGUGGGAAACUGUGGGAUAUGAACUAUUAAUGAUAAUAGCAAUAGGCAGGUAAGAAGUGUUGUUGUUUGUUUCCUUGUUUUGGUAUGUUAUGCUGCUGUACCACCAAAGCACAUCCCCCAAAAUGACUUGCCAACCAAUUAAAAACACACAUGACAAUAAAAUUCAGUCAAUUUUGCCCUACACUGCAACUGCAUAUUCAUAGAAUCCUAGAAAUGUAGAGUUGGAAGGGGCCAUGAGGGUCAUCUAGUCCAACCCCACAUGCCUGCAAGAGCAAGGUUGCUGAACUACAUAGGCCUUUGGUCUGACCUAGCAGGGCCCUCCUGAUGUUCUUGCCAUCUCCGCAGGUGGGGUCAGCCUGAAGCAUUUCUCUUCCUGAGGUGAAAUACAAGACGGCACCAUUGCAGAAGCUGGGUGGACUGGGAGUUGAACCUCGCUUCAGCCCUAGCUCCAGGCAAUGGGAGAGUGUUCCCCACCGCUCCUUAGUGGAGCAUGCUAGUUAUGGCGGUGCAGGGACAGACCACAUGGCGUCCACACACUCAGCCUUGUCCUCCAGCAGAAGUGUACAGCCAGGGGGUUGCCAAUGCCAUCUCCUAGCCUCUAUUGCCUGAAGCAGUUCGAUACGAUACGAUACCUUUAUUGUCAUUGUCCCAUACAGAACAAUGAAAUUGAAAAAUCUACAUAAGACAUUCAAAACCCCCUAAAAACUCUGAAACCCCAUUUAAAAAUACAAUAUACUAUAGAGACUCCUUAUACUGCAUUUAAAACCAGAAUUGCAUUUGGGUAGAAACUGUUUCUCAGGCGGCUAGUCCUGGUCUUUAUAACCCUAUACCUUCUUCCAAAAGGCAGAAGCUCUCCUCACUGCCUAAUGAUAGGGGAGGACCAGAGAACAUGAUCAGAAAAAGCAUAUUUGUACUUGGUUUCUGCAGUGCUUAAAAAGAAAUCCAUUCUGCCAGAAGACCCUGUAUCAACUGUAACCACCGGUCUGUAACUAGGAAUUUUAGGAUUUGGGGGCCCAAAAAGUGGGGGUGGGGAAGGGUGGGGAAGUGGAAGAGAAUCAGCACAAGAAUCUUCAGAAUUCCAAAUAUACAGGUACCUUAAUAUGCUUGGCAUUAUUUAAUUGUAUUAUGUAUUAAUGCAAUAAAAUACGUAGAUGGUCCCAUAAAGCUUUAAUUAUCUCUUAACAGGAUUUUUCACCUUGGAGUUAACUUUCCUAAGCAGAAACCGAUUCUCCUUUUAAAAUGGCAAAAUCCAUGUGGAUUGUGGAGGGGAGGAGGUAAUGAAGGAAUCAGUGUUAUUUACGUUUCAGUUACGAAAAAACAAACCUCGUCCCUCAAACUCAGCUCUCUUUGUUCUAAUUAUCUUCCCUCCCAUUGUUCAAACAAUGUUUCAGACUUUCUGAUCUGGCCCGAGCCUGGGCACCCUUUGCAUGAGGUUAGGAAUACAGUGGAAGAAUGCGGGUGUACAGCGCUUCAGAUUGAGCAAUGUUUACCCUGUUCAUGUCUGGGGCAUCCACUUGCGCUGGCAAAGGUCCAUUUGUCAAAAGAGCAUUCUUCCAUUAUCGGGGAUGGGGAAACAGAGGGUGCCAAAGACAUCUCGAGAAAAAGGCCUCUCAAACACUUUCUGCAUCUGUGGCAUGGGGUCUAUAUGGGUCGCAAUAUCCACAUGCCAUACAUUUAAAGCAGAUUCCUUCCGCCGAAGAAUUCUGGGAACCGUAGCUUGCCUUUCACGGUUCCCAGCACCCUCGGCAAACUACAGUUCCCAGGAUUCUUUGUGGGCGGAGAACAUAUGCUUUAAAUGUAUGGUGGGUAUAUAUAUUCUGGGUUGAGGUCAACUCAAUGGAUUUGCAUGGCUUGAGUGGGUCAGUGUAUAUAUCCAGAUAGCAGAUACAUCCACAUGGUUUUCUCUGCAAAAUUGGAUCAAAUAUCCAUCUCAUUCAGAAUCCUGUUUCCUGCAUUGGUCAACUGGCUACUGGGCUUCAGUGGAGUAAUCUGUUGGCUCAGGAGUCAACAACCCUCUAGAAUGUUGCUGGACCACAACUCACAUGAUCUCCAGCCUGCAUGGCCCAUGGUCUGUGAUGAUGGGUGGGGUGUUCCAAUAACUUCUGAAAGGCACCAUGUUGGCUACCCCUGCUUUAGCUUAUGCUGCUUAACCAGAACUAGACCUCAGGGCAGCGGUGGGGCUGAGUUCGAGUCUCAUCUGGAGUGCAAAUCUUGGGAAGGGACCUUGGACUGGUCAUGUUUCGCAUGCAGAAGUUCCCAGGUUGAAGCCCAGGUGGCCUCACCAGUUGAAAGAAUAAGCUGGUAGGUAAUGAGAAAGACUUGCAUGAGAGCUGCUGCUGCCAGUCAGAGUCAACAGUACUGAGCUAGAUGGACAAAGGGCUCUUCCAGACGGAACUUUUAUCGUGGGAUCGGGUGUUGCUUACGCCGCAAGCUUUUUGCAGCAUGCACACCCACGUUUGUGUUCGCAUUUAUUCCGUGCUUUUCCCCACUAGAAAAAUAGGUGCCGGUACUCACCAUGAAGUUGUUACAGUAAGUAACAAAAAAAUAAGGAGAUGCGCCAGUAGUGCGUUCCCUUGAGUACCCACUGAAAAAAAGUAUUUAUUAUUUUUAUAUACCACUUUUUCUUCGAAGGAGUUCAAGGUGGUGUACAUGACUCUCCUCCUUCCAUUUCAUCCUCACAACAACCCUGUGAGGCAGGUUAGGCUAAGAUAUGGGCUGCUGGCCUGAUCCAGCAGGCUCUUCUUAAUUUUUUAAUGCUAGGAUCUGAACCCAAGACCUUCUGCAGGCAAAGCAUGGGUUCUGCCACUGAUUCCUCCUUUACCAGGUCCACUGUGAUCACUUUAGCUGCCCAGGUGCUGCCCGGGCUUUAUCUUCCCCCAGCGGCUCGCCUUCCAACAAUGCUUUUGGUUUGUGGCGCAUGACGGUGCAUAACAAAUUACCUUUUGAGCCCCAGGACUGAUAAAAGGGAUUUUGUUUCCCAGCUGGCUUCCUCAGUUAAUUAUUUCUGAUCUGCUCUGUGUGCCUUCCAGUGCCGCAUCCAGUGUAUCCCAUGGCUGAAGGUUUUGAACAUUGUUUAUAUAAAAAACUUAAACAUACUUACGGUGAAUCAUUUCAUACCUUCCAACUGCUCCUUGUUUAACAAGACGAGCUGUCUGUUUUUCUCACAGCUGCUGGUGUGUAUUGUUGGACACACAUCUGGUAUAUGGGAAGGAUGUACAGUGGUACCUCGGAAAUCAAACGGAAUCCGUUCCGGAAGUCCGUUUUGACUUCCAAAACGUUUGGAAACCAAAGCGCGGCUUCCGAUUGGCUGCAGGAAGCUCCUGCAGCCAAUCAGAAGCUGUGUUGGACAUUCAGGUUCCAAAGAACAUUCACAAACCGGAAGACUCACUUCCGGGUCUGUGGCAUUUGGGAGCCUAAACGUUCAACUCGCAAGGCGUUCGACUUCCGAGAUACGACUGUAUGGGGAAGGACCGCAGCUCAGUGGCAGAGCAUCUGCUUGGCAUGCAGAAGGUUCCAGGUUCAUCCUCUGGCAUCUCCAGGUAGGGCUGGGAGAGACCCAUACCUGAAACCCUGGAUAGCCUCUGCCAGUCAGUGUAGGACCUUACCAGCUUGGAUUUAGGACAUCUCAAUGACUGCCUGAUCCCUUACAUCCCUGCCCAGUCACUUGACUCUGGGGGGGAGUCUCUGUUGGUGGUCCUCCAUGCAUUCAGUUUUGUGGGCCCAGACCUGUGCAGCUCCCUCCCUCUGACUUGAGAUGAGACAGGAGCCCUCCUUGUUGAACUUCACAUGAAUGACAAAAGGGGUGUUCACACAUUACAUCCAACAAGUGUACAACCCGCGUGCCCGUGUGAUACAGAUAGUGGAGCUGUACAAUAAUUUGCAUGUCCUGUUAAAACAGUGUACAGUCUUUGCAUGCAUGUACACAACAGGUGAGCUGUGCAAGUGAACAAGUAUACACUUUCACACCAAAACUUAUACUUGUGCAGAGACCGCCUGUGCCUGCGUCCAGCCAGAUGUAUGAACAGCUCUUUCGUGGACACAAAACGGCUGAGCUGUGCACUUGUAUAGUUAUUAACAUGUCAUGUUCAAUAUGCACACAGACUCUGUGUACACAAAAUCUCAGCUGUAGAAAGCAACACACCUGCACGCUUUCACCCACACACUUGCACAGCUUGUAUCUGUGUCCAGUGUAAUCUGUGAACAAUCCUAAAUACUCUUUGGUUCCAGGAGGCAUUUUAAGGUAGCAUCCAGGUUUCUGUGUGGGUUUUAUGGUGAUCUUUUAAGUUGUUUUAUUCCCCAUAUGGCUUUUUUAUUAUCAAAUGUACACCGCUUAGAAAGUGCUAAUGGUGAAGCAGCAUAUAAAUGCCUUUAAAACAAAUAAAUAACAUGCCUGAAACUAUUUGAAUUAUCUUCUCCCCAGGAGUCCGCUACAGCCAACCUGGGAGCAAUGAAGUCACUUCCUCCUCCGCCAUUAGUCACCAUGGCAACAGCUCCAUGGUGACCACCAGCCAGGCUGCCCUACAGCAAGUGUCUCCAGCCGGUUUGGACCCAGGCCACAGCCACAGCCUGCUCCCACCAGACGGCAAAAUGGUGAGCACACCUGCCCUAUUGUAGCUCAGGGACUGAUAAGAUAAGAUGGCCUAGCAAGCAAAACAAACAAAACUUUCUCUUUUUCAUUUUUUUUGAAAACUCUGGGGGUUUGUGUGUGCGUGUGUGUUUUUUUGCACAAGAGCUGUGUUAAAACAAUGAGGCAUUUGUAGGGACGGGAAGGGGGAAAGCCUGAGUACACUAAGGAAAAAGUCAUCAUGCUGACCUUACCUUUUCCCUGGCAACAGGUAGUGACACAGGCUUUGAAACCCGCCAAUAAAUGUGACACAGAGCCGUUCUCAGGGUAUUGAUUGAAUGCCUGCUAAAUUGGAACGGUGGGGUGGAUCAUUGUUUGCUCUUCGCUGUUGAUGACAUUCCAUUUGAUUAAAACACACACACACACACCACCUUCAAUCAUUCCAGCCCCACUGAAGUCAUUUAGCAAACUCCCAUGAUCCCUUUCUCUUUUAACCGCUAUCACUAUCUACAUUCAGGCCAACAGAUGUUAGCAAAAGUAAGAAUGGCCUGGUUCGUAUGUAACAGUAAACUAUGGUUUAUUAAACUAUGGCAUAGUGUUAUGUGUGAACCCAGCUAAGCAGUUUAACUAUGGCUUGUUAACUAUGGUUAAAGAUCGAUAACUAAGGUUUGCAGUUGGUUUAUUAGCCUUUGUUAACAUUAACCAUGGCUUAACAUUACAAGCAAACCUCCUUAAUUAUGAUUAAGGAACCGUCACUGCAAGUGAAGAACGGUAAAAAAAUUCAAGCCACUCUCAAAGCUUGGCUGCUGUUGCUAAUGCUUCUAACAAAUCUGUGGCAUAAAAAACCCUCCAUGGUUUAAGUGAUUGUCUGCCAGAUGCUUCAAAUCUAUGGUUCAUUAACUAUGGUUAUCAUUAGGCAUGGUUAUCAUUAGGCAUGGUUUAGUGUUACUUGUGAACCAGGCCACUGUUUUUUCCAAUAGAGAUGGAAAGAAUGACAACACUAAUGGCAGGGCGAGCUCUCUAUCUCAAGAAGACAUUAUAUAAAAAGAGAGCUCAGGGCAGACUUCUUGGCCAUUGGCUGAUCCCAGCUUUGUCCCUCCUUGACAAAUGAAAGGCAUUUGUUGGUCUUUCUCCCUCUGCCAUGUUUCAGGUGGACUCUGCCUUUUUGGGGAAGGGUGUGUGUGUGUGUGUGUGUGUGUGUGUGUGUGUGAUUGUUUUCAAAAGCAGAGUUUGCAUAUUUAACCAUCCCUUCAUGACGUAAUUAGAAUCUGAAAGUAUUUUCUUAAAAGAAAUCCUGCAAAACUAACCUGAGAUUGGGAGUAUGGGUGAUUUCCUAGCGAUGACAUGGGCACUGGCCAAUCAGUGUGUGUAUAUGUAGCAUUUAAACUGUGCUAUAUCAUGUUUAUGUGUUACGUGGAAACUCUUAAUGUAAGGUACUGGGCCCUGUGAUUGCCCUGUGAAACUAGUUAAACACAGCAUGUUUUUCAAAGUCCCUUGGAGCCUUUAAGAACUACAGUGGUUCUUUGGUUUAAGAACAGCUUAGUUUAUGAACAACUUGGAUUAAGAACGCUGCAAACCCGGAAGUAGGUGUUUUGGUUUGUGAACUUUGCCUUGGAAUACGAAUGUGUUCUGUUUCCUGUUGAGUGUGUUCUAUUUGUAAAUUGAGUCCCCCGCUGCUAUGGGAAAGCAAGCCUUAGUUUAAGAACGCUUUGGUUUAAGAAUGGACUUCCAGAACGGAUUAAGUUCGCAAACCAAGGUACCACUGUACUUUUUAUCUAAGCAGAGGUGGGGAACCUUUUUUAAACCCUCUAGUAGCCAACUGGGCAGGACCAAGGGCUAAGGAGGCAGGUCUAAAGAGGUGGGGCUACAAAGGUCCUCUUCUGCUAGAUAUAAGCAGGAGCUGAGCUUUUGUGCAGGUUGGUGGGUGUCGAGAUGAAAUUUAGUUAUUAUGCUACAGAUUUACUUCUUUUCCAAUUUGUAGGCUUAUAGAAUUAUUACCACAUUGAUAUUUAAAAUGGUUUUAUGCUGCCUUUCAUUUAGACUUGGGAUUUCUGUUUCGAUGUGUAUGUUGUGAGUGCUUUGUGGUGCAUGAUCGUCAAAAAAUAUUACACAUCCUUCAAAUAAAUAAAAUCAAAUGAAAUCUGUCUCUUAGCCCCAUCAGGUAAAAAUCAGAAUCUGCAUUGGAAUUUGCCUAGGCAUUUUGCCAAUGUCUUAAUUCCCGACAUGUGUUAGUCUGGUCUCUGGGUGUGCAGUCAGUCUUUUAUGACUCUGCACUCAGGGUCAUAACGCUGGAGAGUGCCUCUGCAAGUUUUCUUUGUGACCAUGGGGUCGAAUUCUUUCCUGGUCAGGUGACUCCCCUCCCCUGUCCUUAUUAAUUCAUAUAUUUUUCUGUCCCUAAUCGCUUUUUCAAGAUUUGCUGAUGCAUUAAAUGGUUUGUGUAAAUGGGGUGGUUUUUUUGUAUCACAUGCAUGCCUGACUGAGGCGACAUGGACUUGAGGAAUUUCUCCUUCCUCAAGGUAAGCUUACAAGGAAUUGUGUCCUGCGUUGAAUGAAGCCCCCGCCCCCUUUCUUAUAAUGUAUGAUCAGAGAGUGCUGAAAGCUUUAGUAGAUAUGCCCUCUGUAAAUUGCUUUCAAUCAUCUGUGUUUCUGGUGGACUGUAAAGAAGAAAUCGACAAAUCUAUAGUGUUUGGUUUCUUUACAUCUCCGCAGCAAUUUACUAUUAAAAAAAAAAUCUUCAUGCAAAUUUCCAGCAAUUUAGUGCAAUUCCCCCCCCCCAAUAAAUACAUAUUUGUAUGCAGUUUUUACUAAUAUAACCAUUUCUGCAAGCCAGUUCUCAUAAUCUGAUGCAUUUUUCUAUGUUAAUUUCACUAAUGCACACAUCUUUAUGCACACUUUCACCUAAGUAUGCAUUUUUGGUUGGCUGGAGAGCUGCAUCACAAAAAUUCAGAGACAUGCCAUUUUUGAAGGAUACUUGCAUUUGAAUUUGGUCUGCGAAGUGCAAAUUAGGUAGUUUCUCAUUAAAAAUGAAAACACAAGCCAGUUUUCUCCCCCAUUCCUUCCCUAGGUUGCCUCAGAGGUUUAUUAGAAGUUUCUCAAGGAGAAGGGCUAGCUCCAGCCUUAUUUGUUAUUUAUUUAGUUAUAUUGAUACUCCAUCUUUCCUCCAAGGAGCUCAAGAUGGAGUACAAGGUCCUCCCCAUUUUUAACCUCACAACAACCCUGCUAGUCAUGUUAGGUUAUAAUAAUAAUAAUAAUAAUAAUAAUAAUAAUAAUAUUUGUACCCCGCCCAUCUGGCUGGGUUUCCCCAGCCACUCUGGGCGGCUUCCAACAAAGACCAAAAAUACACUAAAAUGUCACGCAUUAAAAACUUCCCUGAACAGAACUGCCUUCAGAUGUCUUCUGAAUGUCAGGUAGUUGUUUAUCUCUUUGACAUCUGAAGGGAGGGUGUUCCACAGGGCGGGUGCCACUACCGAGAAGGCCCUCUGCCUGGUUCCCUGUAACUUUGCUUCUCGCAAUGAGGGAACCGCCAGAAGGCCCCUGGCGCUGGACCUCAGUGUCCGGGCAGAACGAUGGGGGUGGAGACGCUCCUUCAGGUAUACUUAAUAUAUACUUAAUAACUUCAGGUUGAGAGGCAGUAACUGUGGGUAAUUUAUAGUGGCAGCUGCCCAGCAUGCCUCUGUGCACCAGAAAAGAGAGCCCUGGGCAGUGGCAGUAGCUGCCCGAGGAUGCCCCUCUUAUGACACCAGGCUUGAAAGACUGCUCACCUAUCACUAGAUAGGCCUAUCACUUGAUCUUCCGCUCAGUGUGUGGCCAGAAUGGGUGUGUUAAGUGUGUUGGACGGCAUGUCCUCACUGAGGCCGGCUGCCUGGCCAAUGACCCCUGUGAGGAGAAUGCGAACUUUAGCACACGCAAUGAUGCCGUUGCCAUGGGGCCAGGCAAAUGGACCUUCCUGCCCAAAGUGUAAUGACAGCCAUCUUGAAACAGUUCAAAACAUCCACAGUUCAACCUCUGAAGCAUUUUUGCCCUCUCUUAGCCCCUUGUUCCCGAGCCCCCGGUUCCUGGUAUUAUAACACUUAUUUCCCCUCUUUGUUUGGGCAAUGCCAGCUUUCAGUACCAGAAGUGUGAGAAUAUUCUAGAAAUUCGCCUUGUGGGGUUAUUUUCCUUGGCCUAGCUUGACUGAUUCAUGUCACACUGGGUGGUUUUUAUAGUUGCUUUCUCUCCCUUGGCCAGGGAUGCAUAGUUCUCUUCUGAGACAACCUGGCCGUCCGUCCAGAAAGUCGUUUACUGACUACCGUAGCCAGGCUCACACGGCACUGUACAAAUAAUGCUGCCAGGGAAUUGCCCCCCUCCCAUGAAAUGGGAGGCCAGUUUUUGGAAGGCCAGGUGAUGACGCCUGUAGGAAUGUUGAAGGACUUUUGAGAUAAGAAUAGCAAAAUCAUUCAGGACCAGGGAAGAGCAUGUGUGGUGUUGUGGUAAGUGUGUUGGACUUAGGACCUGGGAGCACCGGGUUCAAAUCUCCACUUGGCCAUGAAGCUCACUGAGCGACCGUUGGCCAAAUGCCGUCUCUUAGCCGGACAAGGGUUGUGUGCAUAAAUUGGGGCUGUGGUGAACGGUGUUAAGGCCCUUGGAGAAGAGGGAUGUAAAAGUAAUAGUAAAUAUAUAAAAGCCUUGGGUGCUACUGGGUUUCCCCCAAAGGAAAAUCUGAGGCGAAUUGGAAGGCCUCUGCUCAAAGUAAGUAUCUCUGGGAAUUCUGAGGUAAAACAACAAAAGAUUUCCAAAAGGACAUACAACAGUAGUAAAGGCUGCAUCACAAACCUCUGUGCACAAUCUUACUUAUUUGUAACUUUUAUAUCCUGACUUUCUGCCUGUAUGAGACACUCAGUGGAGCUAGAGUUGUUUGGCUGACUGUCCAUGCCUCAGUUUUGAAUUGCCCCUUCUUCCUUUCUUGGCAGAUUACGGCGCCAGGAGGUGGGCUUCCCCCGGUCAGUACUCUCACGAACAUUCACAGCUUUUCCCAUCAUAAUCCACAACAGUCCCAGAACCUCAUCAUGGCGCCAUUAUCAGGUGUCAUGGCUAUCACACAAAGUAAGUGCUUUUCUGCUGGACUGGAAGGCUGUAUCUUUCUUUCGUAUUUAUAUGAUAUGCCAUCAGUGUGAAGGACAUUGUAGAGGGAGCAGGAAACAAGUCUCUCCCCUGAGGAUCUUACAGCCCAAAGUUCACAAUGGGAGAAGAACCGAGGAAAAUGGAAACAGGUGUGAACACGGAAAUAACAUGUUGUUAUUUCAGUUACACGUACUUAAGCUUAGGUACCGUAGGAUAGGUAUAGCCAACAUGGUACCCACCAAAUGUUGUUGGACUGCAGCUCCCAUCUGCCUCAGCCAGCAGAGCCAAUGGGAAUGGAUGAUGGGAAAUGUAGUCCAUCAUUCGUAUGGGAAGCACCACAUUAGCUGUCUGCAGCAGAGCACAUGGUGAUGAAUGGGUUGGGCCAGAGGCUUCACAGAAAAAAGUGAGCUUUGAAGAGGGGAAGGAAGGAAGGCUUUUUUUGGCUAGCCGUGGAUUGCAUUCAAUGUUAGUCAUAUACAGAGUAAACCCAUUCAUGAACAUAGCUAACUUAGGUCUACUGAUCUCAUUGGGUUUACUCUGAGUACACCUUUACCUUUACCUUUUUUUACUCUGAGUAAAGCUUUAGAGACUUUAAGAAUUUCUAGAAAUUGUAUCUCUACUUACGUGCCCCUCUUGUUACAUAUCCUUCGGGAUACGCACACAGCAAACCCGGAAGUAUAUUUCCGGGUUUCACUGCACGUGCAUGCACAGUAGUGCUCUAUUGCGCCGUGCGCAUGUGCAGAACAGGCACCUCCCGUUGCGGAAGCCUCGGGAUCCGACCGGAGCUCCGGAACGGAUCUUGUCCACAACCGGAGGUACCACUGUACCACCGUGUGUGAAUUAAGGCAGGAAGGUAAUUGAUGUAUGUUAGGAAUAAUCUGAGGGACCUUUUCCAGAUCAAGGAAGCAUUCCCUUGUAGGAAUUGCGUGGUGGUGGUGGUCAGAGCCGGAAGCAAAGGGGGAACAGCAGCGGAUGAGACUCGUAUACCUUUGCACUGUGGAAUACAUUCCAGACAUGCAGAAAGCUGCAAGGGCCCAGAUUCCUCACCCUGUCUAAUUUGUUUCCCCCUUCCCCCUCUUCCUCUCUCUCUCUCCCAGGCCUAAACAGUUCCCAAGCACAGAGCAUCCCCGUCAUCAACAGCGUGGCCAGCAGCCUGGCAGCCCUGCAGCCCGUCCAGUUCUCCCAGCAGCUGCACAGCCCCCACCAGCAGCCCAUCAUGCAGCAAUCGCCCAACCCUAUGGCACAGCAGCCCUUCAUGGUGACGCAGCUGCAGAAUUCACACAGUAAGGAUCUUGUCAGGUAUUUCCCGAGGUGAAAAGAGCGACUAAUUGUGCCCACGUCUCCACCAUACAUUUAAAGAGGUAUUAUACCGCCUUCACAGCCAUGGCUCCCCCCACAGGAUUCUGGGAGUUCCUUGGGGAAGAGGGGUUGAUUGUUAAACUGCUCUGGGAGAUAGCAGCUCCCUGAGGGAAAGAAGAGAGUCCCUAAGAACUCUCAGCAUCCUUAGUGGACUACACUUCCCAGGAUUCCUUGGGGGAAGCCAUGAUGCUUUAAAGUGCUACAGGAUGGCUUUCAAUGUAUGAUGCAGAUGUGGCUGAGGUGCUGUCUGUCUGUAUUGUUGGGAGGAGCAGUUGCUACAGGGGCCAGAAUUUUAAAACGUUGAAUCUCCUUCCUAGUUCCUGGUUUCCCAGAAAAAAACAGAAUCUGUGAAUCACUGCCUUAGCGAAAGUAGGGAUCGCCAUGCUUUUUACAGAACACAGCCCUGCCUGGUCCAAGUCCAGUUUAAAAUAAAGAACCCUAAGACGGGAGAGUUGGAGGGGCCUGGACAGCAGACUGAGAAGCGAAAACAGGGCAGAAGGGACACUGUGGUGUAGUGGUUAGACCUGGGUUCAAAUCCUCAUUCGGCCUCAGAGCUUACAGAGUGAUGUUGGGGCCACUCAGCCUUUCUUAGCUUCAGUUCUGUCAUAAGUUUGUUCCAAGGAUAAGGGAUGGCGGGGGCACUACAUUAGGGGCAUAAGAUGGCAUUGAUUUCUUUUCUGACCCAUAUUUAUUGCAUGCAGCACUGUAUCUAUUCCACUGCGGUUCAGCUCCCAAUAUUACAUUAUUUGCCUCGCUGUCGGCUGUGGUGGAAAUUUAUGUAAUAAUUAUUAUGUAAUAAUUCAGUUUCCAAGCUGAAAACAACAACAAAUACCAACUGCAUUCAUUGGAUUGGUUUCUGUUCUGGACUGGGGACCAAUAAGUGUAAUUUGUGCUCCUGCUUCCAUUUCUAACAAAUUUUAAAACUCCAUAAAAUAAAACCCCCCAACUAAGAGUCAUCGUCUCUUGGAGUGAGUCUUUCUCCAUUGAUGGGGUGAGUUCGUUUAUAGUUGCAUGCUAAAAGGGCUGCCUGUCUUCCCCACUGCCUCACAUGACAGAAGUGCUGUUGUCGUUUCCCUCCACAGUGUACGCGCACAAGCAGGAACCCCCUCAGUAUUCCCACACAUCCCGGUUCCCUUCAGCCAUGGUGGUCACGGAUACCAGCAGCAUCAGUUCGUUAACCAAUAUGUCUUCCAGUAAACAGGUAAAUAAUGAUCAGCCAAGUCUUCUUUGUGGAAACUGGUAUGCCAAACAAAGGCACAGCCUGAUAUGAGCUGGGGUUCUGCCAGCCUCCUAGCUGACUGACAACACUCCUAUACAACUAGAGUUGCCAGUCUCCUGAGGGAGGCAAGCCCAGGAGUUAGGGGCUGGAGCCUGAUGAGAUGAGGAAGGGCCUAACAAUGUGUUAGCACUUGGAAGGUCUGAGGAAGGAUCUUGUUGUGCCUAGUGCCUCAGGGGUAGGAUUUGAAGUCAGGAGAGGAUAACCCGGCCCUUACACCUCCUCUUUUCAUGAAACCUUUGGAGACACAUUAGUGCACAUACCCCCUUCCAAAAAAUAAAAAUCCCCUAACUAGUCCAUUUUGCUGUAAAUGGCCUGAGCCAUUUAGCGAGGAGUUCUAACAAAAGGUCCUCUUUUCUCCUGCUUUAAAGGCAGCUUUGCAGACCGUGGGAAAUAUUCAGACUUUAUCGAUUAACAGAUAGUUAGAGGAGAAAACCUUGAACUUCUCAACAGAUAAGCUUUCGCGUUUUAAAAGAAAACAAGGCGUGCCAAAAUUAUUAUAAUGGGCUGGGUUCAAGAAUGGCUAGAAUGAGAGCUUGGAUUCCCAUACAGGGCCAGUUUUUCCUGGAGGUUGCUCAGAAGGGGCUGAUGAAUGGAAGUCUCUGUGGGUGCUUACAGCCAGGGUUUGCAUGAGUGUUAGGUGCAUUGAGAAAGGGCCACCAAUUGCUCAGUGAUUAGAGCACAUGUUUCACAUGCGAAAGUUUCCAGGUUCAAUCUUGAGCCUCUCCAGACAGAACUGGGAAUGUCUUCAUUCUAAAACCCUGGAGAGCUGCUGCCAGUCAGUGUAGACAAUACUGAGCUAAAUGGACAAGUGGUCUGACUUGGUGUCAGGCAGCUUCCUAUGUUCCUAAGCCCUAACCUCCUAGUGGUGCGGCAAUAAAACUGCUAGCACAUUUGGAAUGGGUCCGUUAUGGUUUCAGAAUGGAUGGAGGAACUGCGUUUUGAGAUUCCUGCAUUGCAGGGGGUUGGACUAGAUGACCAGGGCUCCCAUCCAACUCUACAUAGUUCUAUGAUUCCACAGAAUUUGAUUUGACUGGAACUUCCAUCCCCUGGCAGACUGCUGAAUGGAGCUAAGUCUAGGUUAACUGAUCAUCAUGACCAGCCUAGUAACGCCAAACAUGGUUCAAUGAGAAAUGGGUGUGAAACCCCCUUGGAGAAUUUCCCUCUUAGCUAAAGUUUAAUUAUCCCCUUAAAAAUAUUCAUCAGAUAUUUUUGCCUGAUGCGACAACCUCAUUCCAGUCCUAAGGAUAUCUAUAAACAUACAAAUAACCCUCCAAGACAUUUUGCCCGGUUUGGUAAGGAUGCUUUUGAGAAAUCCCUCAAUUGUUUUGCCUAAGAAAGAACCAUGAGAUUAUGUCCCAUCACAAGCAGUUCAGAUCCAUCACAGCCAGUGUGUGAAAUAUCUGUCUGUGCGAAAAUAAUUUCCCCCUCUAGUUUACACCAAUUUACAACACUGAGCUUUUGUUCACCUUGUCUGGAGAGUUCCUUCUGGACAUCUUCAGUUUCCACCAUCCUGCCUGAUUUGUUUAUAUGAGCGUGUUGUCCAUAUUGGUUGGUGGCAACCGUCUGGAUUUGGAACCACAUGGGGCCUGCAGAGAAGUGUUUACCACACUGCACUGGAAGGCGAAAGUGUUGUUUUCAAGGCCCCCCACUCCUGUUGGGUUCCCACCCUUUGUAGUGAGCCGGAGAAACCGCUUGCCCACCAUUCGCCAUCAGUCAAGCAAUCAGGCGCAUCCACACCACUGGGGGAAGAAGACCAUUUCCUUAGCAAGGCUCUAUCGAUUCAUCUGCCAGGCACUCAGCCAUAACUUUGUCCUUGAUUGAUUAUUCCAUCUUGCCCUCCAGUUGACUUUGAUGCUUACGUGUUGGAACAAGCCCUCCUGGAUUCAGGAAGCGUCCUCUUAAUCAAAACCCAGCAAGAUGCUGCUUGCUCAGCCAAACAUGGGCAUGGGUGCUGGUGGUAAAGAAAACUCAGCUUAUCGUUAGAAGAGAGCUGUUUGGGAUAAUCAGCAGCAAUUAGCUGUUUCCCCAUAUUUAUAUUUAUAUUCAGCCAUUUUCACACACACACACAGUGCAUAAUCAAAAACAAUUACUAAGUUGUUUACAUAAAAUAAUACAAAAAAAUUAUUGUUAUUAAAUUUAUUUGUUUGAUUCCCAUAAAAAUACCGUGUUAUAAUGAGGCUAUUAUUGGACUGUAAUUGAAAACUAAUAAAAAUUAUUAUCAAGAAAAAUACCUUGAAGCAAUUUGACAGCAAAAACCUCAACAAUAAAAAAUACCAUUAUGUCGAAACAAUUAAAGCAACUCCACAUGUCGAAAUGACUGCCGUACACAUACACAAACAAUCAGAAGCAAUUCCAUAUUAUAACAACAUAUUAAAAACAAUUUCAUAUGUAAGAACAAUUUCAAACCCAAGUACAGAUAGAUACUGGAAUACAUAUACCUAUAUAUGUAUUUUUAAGCUGCCUUUCAGAGUGUAUCCUUCUCAAUGUGACUUGCAUUAAUAGCAGUUAACAAACAUUAGAGCAUACAAUCUAAUUUACAGUAUAAACAGUCAAUUUAAAUAAAUCCAAUAUAAUAAGAAGAGCCUGCUGGAUUGAGUCAAUGGCCAGAGGAGGGCAACCAAAAUGGUCAAAGGCCUGGAAACGAUGCCUUAUGAGGAACGGCUAAGAGAGCUGGGCAUGUUUAGCCUGGAGAAGAGGAGGUUAAGGGGUGAUAUGAUAGCCAUGUUCAAAUAUAUAAAAGGAUGUCACAUAGAGGAGGGAGAAAGGUUGUUUUCUGCUGCUCCAGAGAAGCGGACACGGAGCAAUGGAUCCAAACUACAAGAAAGAAGAUUCCACCUAAACAUUAGGAAGAACUUCCUGACAGUAAGAGCUGUUCGACAGUGGAAUUUGCUGCCAAGGAGUGUGGUGGAGUCUCCUUCUUUGGAGGUCUUUAAGCAGAGGCUUGACAACCAUAUGUCAGGAGUGCUCUGAUGGUGUUUCCUGCUCGGCAGGGGGUUGGACUCGAUGGCCCUUGUGGUCUCUUCCAACUCUAUGAUUCUAUGAUUCUAUGAUUCUACAGAUAGAUACUGGAAUACAUAUACCUAUAUAUGUAUUUUUAAGCUGCCUUUCAGAGUGUAUCCUUCUCAAUGUGACUUGCAUUAAUAGCAGUUAACAAACAUUAGAGCAUACAAUCUAAUUUACAGUAUAAACAGUCAAUUUAAAUAAAUCCAAUAUAAUAAGAAGAGCCUGCUGGAUUGAGUCAAUGGCCCAUCUAGUCCAGCAUCCUGUUCUCACAGUGGUCAACCAGAUGCUUGUGGGGAAACCAGCAAGCAGGGCCUGAGCUCAACAGCACUCUUCCCUUUUGUGGUUUCUAGCAAUUGGCAUUCAGAAGCAUUGCUGCCUCUGACAGUGGAGGUAGAGCAUAGCCAUUGUAGCAAGUAGCUAUUGAAAGCCAUAGAACCAUAGAAUUGUAAAAGUGGAAGGGGCCAUGUCCAACCCCCUGCAAUGCAGGGUGGGGUUUUUUGCCCAAGGUGGGGUUCAAACCCACAACUCUGAGAUUAAUUGUCUCCUGCUCUACCGAGUGAACUAUUCCAGAUGGCCUCUUUUAAAGCCAUCCAAGUUGGCGGCCAUCACUGCCUCCUGUGGGAGCGAGUCCCAUAGUUGAACUUUGCUCUGGGUGAAAAAGUAUCUUCUUUUGUCUGUCCUGAAUCUUCCAACCUUCAGAUCAUAAUACAGUUCAGUAGUCAGCAGCAAAGCAGCAAAGACCCCAGCAGUAGAAAGUGCAAUCAAACCUUCAAAUAACAGCCACAGAAGAUGAUUUUUUUAAAUCCUUUAAAAAAGCCCUUUAAAAAACAAAACAAAAAAACUUGAACUGAUGCAGCCUGCUGCCUAUUUACCAGACACUGAGGAAUCGGGGAUGAGGUCAGGGGGGUUCAGAGUGGAAUGGUCCUUGGUGCCAUCCCCAGAUGUGCCUACUAAGCCAGAAAUACUUGCACAAGAGAAGCCCAUUGUGCAAGUAGCUCUCUAGUCCAAUGAGGUUGCUUUGCCUUCCUCUGACUUGGGAGGACUCCAGCUCAGAAGCCCUAGUGCAGAAAUAGCCCUCCAGAGGUUGCUGGAUUACAAUUCCCUUUAUCCUUGACCAUUGGCCAGGCUGGCUGAGGCUGAUGGUAGUUGGAAACCCAACAACACCUGGAGGGCACCAUGUUGGCUACCACCAUGUCCUAGUGCAACUGCAUUCUCCCCUGCUCUGUCAGAGCCAGCAAGUGCUGUAGCAGGGUGGGCCCCUUUAAACGAAGAGGCUCAUCUCAGCUAGCUACUGAGAUGGAGAUGGAGCUCCUAUUUCAGGCUCAGUCUGAGGGUGGCUGGUGCUGAAGCAACAUUUGAGUGCUGCUCUUAUGGAGCAACUAGGCUGAGCUCUGCAGGGAGCUGUCCAAGGUGCUACUGAAGCCCCGCCCUGUCUCUGUACUUUAACCUAACCAGCUGAACCGAUCUGUAAAUGUCUGGAACCUUUCACACUGGUCCCAUCCACACACACACCAUAACAAACAACAAUAACAACAACAAUAAUUGUAUACCGCCCUUCAUGUGUAGAUCUCAUGGCGGUUUACAGCAUAAAAAUGUAAGAUCAAAACACCAUCCUACAGUGUAAAAGAAGGGACGCGGAUGGCGCUGUGGGUUAAACCACAGAGCCUAGGACUUGCCAAUCAGAAGGUCGGCGGUUCAAAUCCCCGCGACGGGGUGAGCUCCCGUUGCUCGAUCCCAGCUCCUGCCAACCUAGCAGUUCGAAAGCACGUCAAAGUGCAAGUAGAUAAAUAGGUACCGCUCUGGCGGGAAGGUAAACGGUGUUUCCGUGUGCUGCUCUGGUUCGCCAGAAGCGGCUUAGUCAUGCUGGCCACAUGACCCGGAAGCUGUACGCCGGCUCCCUCGGUCAAUAAAGUAAGAUGAGCGCUGCAACCCCAGAGUCGGUCACGACGGGACCUAAUGGUUUUUGUACAUGGCAGGUGUGGGAAACCCUUUUGACCCUGAGGGGCCACAUUCCUUUCUGAGCAACCUCCUGGGGGCCACAUGCCAGUGAUGGACUAGGCAAAAGUGGGCACAGCAAUGAAUGUAAACAUUACCAUUGUGCAGUAGGCUAGCUGAUACACACACACACACCCUUCUCUGUCCUCCCAUCUCAACAAGCAAGAGACAUAAUCAGAGUUCAAUGACACAUUCCAGCCUGGGAAGAACACUCAAGGACGGCUUGAAGCCUGGCCAGUGAGGGGGUGGCCUGGGGAAUUUAGCCCCUGGGCCUGAAGUUCUCCACUCCUGGUAUAUGACUUCUAACCUCUGCCUCCCUCUUCUUUCCCUCUCCUUAUACCCCUGCCCCUUUUAGUGUCCGCUGCAAGCUUGGUGAUGCUCCAUACCUCACUUCCUUUGCCUAUAGCAACCAGAGAUUAUUUCCCCUCAUCAUCCUGCCAGCGAUUGACGACAGAGUCCUGGGGCCAGGAGGUUAUCAAGAGGUCUGGCACCAUACCAAAGAGAGCCCACCAAACCUGGCGAGAGGGCUGGAAGUUUCAAAGACAAAACAUUUCGGUGACUUUUGCAACUGGUGCAAAGAUGACAUCCCUGUGGGUCUCUGUCUCACCACACACCCCCAGCCCACAGUAUUUUCCAAGACUUACUGUCUUUUAAGGAUUUUGAAAGUAUUUUUCCUUCCCUGGGGGCAUUUCUUUGCGAGAGAAGUGAGAACAAAAUGGAUAUUGGACUGAGGAGGAGUUUGGAGAGAGUGCAAAAGCUGAAGAUCAAUCAUAUUUAUAAAGAGUUACAUUCCUCUACCAAAAUGGACCAGAGAGUAAAAUUGGGGCUGUUACUUCAGGUUGUGGAGGAUGAGCUGCCUGUGCUGUCGAACUGAGCCAAUGGAACUGUAUAUAGAGAAACGCAGUGAUUUCCUGGCUCCUCCCUUUCCUUCCCCCCCACAGCCUAUCCAGAGAGAUUUAUAUAUUAAAGAAAGUUAAUGUUGUCCAAUGGAUGUAAAAGAAAUUAAGUGCAAUGUUCCCUACUUGUACAUAGAACCACAAGGUCUCUUUAUUAUUUCUCUCUCUUUUUGGGAAGGGCAGAAGUUAAGUUUGCAGUAAUCCCAGGGGUUUUUGUUUGUUUAGAGUUUUUUUUAAUACACACAAGAGGGAAGGAGAGAAUAACCUGAGAACAUAAGAGCUUGCUGGAUCAGGCCAGUAUCCCACUUUUCCCACAGCAUAUUGCCUCUGACUGCAGGUAGAACACCUCCCUCGUGGGUAGUUGUCUUGUCUCCCAUAUUCCUAGCCAAAUGCGAUCAUUUACCAGCAUUCCCUAUGGUGUGUUUCGGGUGGAGAGAUAGAAAGGAUUAUGGUCCAAGCGAUGUCAGAACUGAAGACUGAAAGUAACACUUGGAUUAUUGGCCACUGUCAGGCUUCGGGGAAUCAGAUUCCUCCCCCUGUGGCAGUAAUUAAACAGAUCAAACAAAAGGGAGCAUUCUUGCCAGAUAGUUUCUUUAACAAUCACAGCGAGAGACAAAUGAAUGCAUAUCUCUCUAAAAAUGGUGUGGGUCCUAGUUAAGGUUCACCCCCUCCGCCCCCAUUAAUCUAUGUCACUCCUACGUUUGGUAAUCUGAUCUUGUUGCCUCUGCGCUUUCUGUUCUAUCACUCUCAGAGCCCGUCUAGUCCUAGGUGAAGGGGAGUCAGGAAUGAUGUCCAAGGACACUGAAUCUGCCAGCUGUCCCUCUCCUGGUGUUCCCUCUUCUAGCUGUUCCUCACCCAGUAUUUCCCAGCUUCCCCCCUCUGCAAGGACUAUGCCCCUCUGCAAGCCACUGUUCUAAAUCAAUACUGUCCUCCUGCCCUUGGGAAGGUUCAGGAGAAGGGGGGGCUCCCACCAUUCCUCCAGCCCCUGACAUCCACAUUCGACCUGGGCAACAUUGCAAGGGCCACCUACCAAGGGUGAGUGUGCCCAGAACACAUACAGCAUUCUCCAUCCAGGCAAGCAAGAAAUACCAUCUCAGUUCAAGGACACCUUCUGGCCAAAUGCAAAUUCAUGCAGGAAGGGUCAGUGAGGCGUAUGGCCUGGGCAAAGUCUUGAAGACUGGACAAGAGAUGGCUGGAAGACUGCAUUUGGCACCUGGUCUUGAGGUAGAGGGUGCCUAACAAAAUCUGCCAGCCAUUCUCCACCUCAUUUAAGCCAAACUCUGCUUCACUGCAGCCUUCUAAAAGCAGCAAUUCAACAGGGAGAUCACAAAUGGAAGAGACCCUCUCCCACCUUCGUAAUCCAGGCCACUGCCACGAAAGGGCCUGAACUGCAUGUCUCAGGCUUGGGUGUAUCAACCCCAUAGACAAAUGGUUCUGAAUGGUUGCUUUGUCUCUGCAAGGCAGGGCCACAUUCCCUUCUGGCCAAUGUUUUGGGGCCCACAUGCCAGUGGUUGGGAAAGCCAGAGGCAAAACAUAAGCACAAUAUUAAAUGUGAAUUUUGCCUUUGUAAAAUAGGCUUGUUUCUACACACACACACCCCAAACAUUGCCUCUCUAUCCAGACAAGCAAGAGGCAUGAUCUGAGGGCACAAAUCAACUGGCACAAAAAUUUAAGGAGGCUGCAAAGCAGGGUUGGCGAGGGGUGUGGCCUGGGAAGGUCCUGAGGGCCUGAUAGGGGAGAGGCUGGGGCCAUAGUUGUCUCUUAGGCCAGAACUAGGCUAUCCUUGUACCAGGACUUUGAGGAAGAAGUUUAGACCCCCAUUAUCAGCAGUGAUGCGAGACUCAAUUCUUGUUGUUCAUUGCAAGCCUGGUACCUGGAGACUCCCAAGGAAGGUCCUCAUCCCAAAAGGACUGAGCCUCUUCCCACCAACUGCCAUUCACUCUCCGGUACCUUCACACAGGAGCAGAGAUCACAACUCAGUGGUGGCAGCUCCAUGAGGGCAAAUGGGGCACUGCCCCACCAAUCUCCACCUGCCUUCUUCAGCCAGUGAACAUCUGCCUGCCUUCUUACAGUCUCAAUGGACAUCAGUCCCCACCGGAUCACAUAAAAGGAUUUGUCACAGGGAGGCGUUAGAGCACUUAGCAGUGGGGCUUGUGGGUUGCCCCUGAAAGGAGCUUCAAUUCUCAAACAGUGGGGCAGAGUCUGAGAAGAGUCGUCUGGGCCUAGAGAGAAGUAAAGUUUAUGCCUGCAGUUGGGUCUCUGGGAGCUUCUGUUCAGGUAGCAGCAAAUUCAGGUUGUACACAAAGCUGAUUUGUUGCUCCUGUACACCUAGCUCACUUCCACCCCUCCAAAAAAAACACCAACCACUGGGCUUUUUGCAGUUAGGAAAGUGAAGGUGAAUGCACUGUGUAGUUGUAGACAACUCAAUAAAUAGCUGGUGCUGCCCAGUCUUCCUGCAAGCAAGUCGGGAGGGAUGCUCAAUAAACAGAUUGUCUGGAAGACACCUCUGUUGCAGCAAGGUGCUAGCUCUCAGUGACCUGUCCAUGGUCCUGCAAGCCUUGAGAAUGACUAUCCUUGCUAUGUCUGGAGGCAGUUAUAGCCCGGGAUCGUCCAGACACCCUGAAGUGCAUGCCUUGUCAGCAGUGAUUCCCUCUAGCAUGUCAGUCUUCCGACAUCACCUCCUGUUUCCUUGACUGUAAGUGGCAUCUGCCCUCCCAGAGGCAGAACAAGGGCCAAAGGUGAGCAGCUGAGAAACCCCAGGGCCAAACUGCCAUGCUGCAAUAAAUACGCCAUAGCUGCAGCUCAAAACUGGAACUGCUCUUUCUGCAAACUGCAGCGUUUACCAUCAUGAUUAGGGACAGACAUACCUGUCAAUUUCAGUUCCUCCCGCUUUCUCAGUCUUCCAAUCUGAAAUCCCGUUCCCCACACCUCCUGCAGCAAUUUGCAUU